GUGAGGUCAGAGGCAGACGGGAAAGGGAAGAGGCAGAAUGGCCGCCGCGGCUCCCGCUCCUGGCGCCUCGCAGUGCCGGAGCCCCCGCUGCACGGCGGAGCGCAGGGGAGUCCGCCGCGAACUCGACUCCUGGCGGCACCGGCUCAUGCACUGUGUGGGUAAGGAAGGCGGAGGGGAAAGGGGCUGAGGGGGGCGGUGGGGGGGUGUGGUGUGCGCGGGGCGGGGGGUCGGUCGGCCGGUGGAGAGGAGCCGCCGCCGCCGCCGCCGUGAGGGAAGCGCCGAGUGCCGGCCGCCAACUCCCCCUCAGGGAAAGGCCUGGAGGGGCGAGGUGGGGCACUUGCCCGCCGAUUUAGGCUCCGCCACAGCCGCGCUGAGGAGGGCGGAUGAGCGGCGGCUCCUUUUGUCCCGGGUUCCCUCCUCAGAGGGUCCGUCCCUGUGCGCGCCCGCCCCUUUAAGAGGGGAAGCCGCUCGUGCGUUGACGGUUGGGAUUUGAAGUUUCCCCCUCCCUCGCUCGCUCGCGCUGGCCUGCGCCCGCCAGCCUCCCUCCCUCCCUCCCGGGGUUGUCAUAACAACGGCAGUUCUCGCUCCUUUCUCCCCCUCCUCCUCCUCUCCCCCAUCCCCGGCUAUCCUGUGUCCAGGGCGGCUUAUAGGGUCGGGUCGGACACCGUUGUUCUUCUCUCUCUCCCUCUCCGCUCUUGGAAAACUUUUCGACAGCUCCGUUGGCUGCAAAAACCACGUAUUAGCUGUGGAUUUGGUGGCCGGGUGUGUGUGUGUGCAUGCGUGCACAUGUGUGCACAUAGAGAUUUUCGUGUAGCGUGGGUUGGCGGCGCGACUCUCGAUUUCUCGCUCCUUAGGUUUGCUUUUUUCCUGCAGACCUUCAUCCAGGUGUUGGCCUUAUCCCAUUCGGGUGGAACUGUUAACAUAAGAUGAGCAGAUCGUACCCAAGUUGUACAAGCACUAUCAAAAUGUGCAGCUCCCGUUUCUUGCAGGGACAUUUCCAAGUGGGUCGUGCCCCAUGUUAGAGAUGGGGAUGGAAGAAGGAAAUGCCCUUUGAUUUUUAUACAGUACAGUAGUUCUAGUAGCAAAGUGACUUGGGUUGGUCCUUCCUCUGCCUAGUGCUGCUACUUGAAGAUCUUUGGAUAUUAUUGUUGAACUACCUCCAGAUGACAUUUUUGUUCAGAACUGUGUCUUCCAGUUUUAGGCUUCAAGAAGGCAUUUUCUCUCUGACAGUGUGGGGCAUCUAGGUUGGCAUCAUUUAAAUUUACAUGAAGCACAUUGUCUUGCAAUUAUCAGUUGAAUCUCUUGAAGUCAGUAGUAUGCUGGCUUCUGUUCAUUAUGUAGCUAAGAAUAAAAUGAAAGUAGUUUGGAGCAGUGUUGGAAACUCAAGCUGUAUAAACUAGGUGCAAAAUGGCUCCUUAACCCAAGGUUACAGUUGCCAAAACAGAAUGUCUGGUUGCCAUUUUCGUGCAAGAUGCUCUAAAGACUUAUCUGUCAAAUGAUGGACUGACUGAUUGAUUCUCAGUUAAACAUCUGGCUAGUUCAGUUGAUAACCUUCAGCUAGGUUAAGAGCUUUGAGAGCUUAAGAAAAGUCACAGUCACAUACAUAUACAUACACAUGCACACAUAUACAGUCACAUACAUUGCCCUAUUUCAACCUCUUAUUCUUAAUGUUGACUGCUCCUUCUCAGGCUGCACAGGAAAAGCAUCUUGGUUACAGAAAUUCUUUCCAAUUGUGCAUCUAAAAUGUAACAGAAUUCUACAAGAUGUGGUUUUAGUGUGUGAAAACAGUCAAGAUCCAAUGAUCCCCAGGCAUCCACCUCCAGAUGGCAGAGAUUGUAAGGUGCCCUCCUGGCACUCAGGCAUCUUCACUUGGUCUCAAGUGGCCGAAAGCCUGCCCCCUGGCUAAUUUCAAACACUGAUUUGGAGAGAUACCUGAUGUAUGAAUUAUGUUUGGAUAGCAUUAAGCUGAAGGAUUGCUUUUUAUUAUUUGGGGCCUCUUGUCAAAUGGACUUUAGCCAUUCUGCUAGCUUUAUGCAGUGUUUGAGUUUGGUGUUUUAAUAUGUUGGAAGCCGCCCAGAGUGGCUGAGGUAACCCAAUUAGAUAGGUGGCGUAUAAAUAAUAAAUUAUUAUUAUUAUUAUUAUUACUAUUACUAUUAUUAGUGUGGAGUUGCAUAAGCAGCUGAGAACUUGCAAAUUCUGGCACCUCAUUAUUUCCCCCUACAUUGCUGCUUGCAGAUCGAAAGCUCUUUCACUCAGAUAAGAAAAAUGAUGGGGAAGCAAAAAUAAAGUAUGGGCAUUCAUAUGAUCUAGUUCAGGUGGUGGUUUCCAUAUUCAAAUGUACUCUUGAAAGUGGGGGACUUUAAUUGUCUAUAGAGCCUACUUAAAAAUGGUAAAAGUGCAGUCUUCAGGUUGCCCCCCUUCUGUCUAAUCUAUUGGCAAUACAACGUUUAUAGUUGGGCAUCCUUCCUUCCCCCCUUUAUCCCUAGAAAUGGCAUAGUAUUGCUAGUUUACAAAAAUGUGGAGAAUUCAGAAGCAGUGCUUAUUGUUUGUAAAGCAAUUGCUAUGUCUUGAUUAAGAACAGAAGAGCCUGCUGGAUAAGGCCAGUGGCAUCCUGUUCUCACAGUAGCUGAAUAAAUGUAGGAAACCUGGAAGCAGGACUUAAGCACAAAAGUUCUCUCCCCUUCUAUGGUUUCCAGCAAUGGUAUUCAGAAGGAUUAUUGCCUCUGAGUCCAUGGAGCACGAUCAUUUCCAUCAUGGCUAGUAGCCCUCUGCUCAAUGGCUCAUGACUCACAUGUUGGCUAUUUUUACCUGACAAACAUUUCUCCCUCCUCCACACUUUCAUUCAAUAUUUUUGGAAGCGCAGAAUCAAUAUUUUAAUAUCCAACUACUGUGUUGCCCAACUGCCAUAUGUAUUUGAAAGAUAACAUGGACAAGAUCCUGGUGAAUCAUUAGAACCAUUACACCACCUUUCAUGUAGUACUGGGUACCUCGGUUGUAAACUUAAUGGAACAGGUAACUUGGAAUAUGUCUCUUGCAGGACCAGUCAGUAAUAUGCACAAAAAACCAAACUUUUGGAGUUGGCCUGCAGAAUUUAUGUGACAGGAAGUUGUGAGAGCAGAAAACUUGAAUUCAGAAAGAAGUAAAGUUCACUGUGUGUCACAUAAAUUUGAAUAGUUAAUGAUGUGCAAUUGAGGAUGUUGUUCUGAAAUUUUCUUACUGUUAGAAAACUGGUUCCAGGUAGGGCUGGGUGAUAUCUAGAUUUCAACUGUACGAUAUAUCACCAGCUAAAUAUCACAAUAUCUUUAUAUAUUACAAUAUGUAUCUGCUGUGGCGGAGGGCCUUGCUGGGCCUCCCUGCAGGGGCAGAGGGUCCCCCCGUACCUCCCCGCAGCAGUGGAGGGUGUGGCACUCUUCCCUGUGGCAGCGGAGGAUACUGCGGGGCCCUCCUCCACCAAAGGGAGGUCUGGCGAGGCCCUCCGCCACCACAGAUAUAUGUUAUGAUAUAUCAAGAUAUUGUGAUGUUUAGCUGGUGAUACAUCAUGAUAUUGAAAACCAGAUAUCGCCCAGCCCUAGUCUAGUGUGUUCUCUGUAUGACCUGUUUUGCUGUGGCUGGUUGAAACCCUCCAGAUACUAAAAAUUGCAAAAAGAACCAAAUAAAUUCUGUCUGUAAAGUUGUUCACAAGUUUAUAAAGAUACAAGUUUUGGCAAACUACCCCCUCUAAUUGAGUAAAAGAGGUUUGGUUUUUACUUUUGCUAGAAUGAAACUGCAGUCACAUCUUUUCUAGAGAGCUUUUCUACAUGAUUGCUUAUGUGCGGUUUCUUUUUAAUUUGUCAUUUGUGCACAGCAUUUAUCCAUCUUUAGCUAGAUCCCCCAUCUUGUCUUCAUGUGCUUUGUAAUCGUGUAAAAAAGUCCGUAGACUGAAAUCUAGGUUUAAGGUGCCAUUUGGCUCCUAGCUUUUAUAUUUCAGUUUCUAACACUGAUCUUCUCAGUCUCCUCUUUUUCAGGCUAAACAUGCCCAACUCACUCAACUGUUCCUUAUCAACUUGGUUUCCAGACCAUUGAUCACCUUGGUCUCUCUCUCCUGUUAACAUGUUCCAGCUUCUUUAUAUUCUUCUUAAAUUGUGGCCCCCAGAACUGAACACAGUACUCCAGGUGUGGUCUGACCAAGGCAGAAUAGUGUGGUACUAUUACUUCCCUUGACUGGGACAGUUGAUGAAGCCUAGAAUCAGGGUGGAUUUGAUUUAAAUCAAUUCGAUUUAAACCACUUGUCAGUAAGACUUGAUUUAAAUCAUAUUUUUUUUACAGAAAUACUCAUUCUUGCUGGUAUAAUCUUAAUAUUUACGACCAGAUGCUUUCAUUUUUGGAAUAAUAAAUUUUCAGAGUAGUUUUUACAGUUAUAUUAAAAAUUACUGAUUUUGUUAUACUAUUAGAAAUACAUAGACAGAUAAUUAUGAAAUUAUUGUGAGGUUUAAUAAGUUAACUGUUUAUAUUUGGACAACUUUUCUGCUGUACUUUAUUGGAAGGAGAAAAAUAAUCAUUUACUUAAUAACAAUUUAAACAAUUUAUUUAACUAAAACAAUAACAUUAUAGCAUAUGUAUCCAUGUUUGCUAACUGAUGUGGUUAAACAAAACAAAAAACUUAGACUAAGGUAAAGGUACCCCUGACCGUUAGGUCCAGUCGCGGACGACUCUGGGGUUGUAUGCUCAUCUCGCUCUAUAGGCUGAGGGAGCCGGCGUUUGUCAGCAGACAGCUUCCGGGUCAUGUGGCCAGCAUGACUAAGCCACUUCUGGCGAACCAGAGCAGUGCACGGAAAUGCCAUUUACCUUCCCUCUGGAGUGGUACCUAUUUAUCUACUUGCAAUUUGACGUGCUUUCGAACUGCUAGGUUGGCAGGAGCUGGGACCGAACAACGGGAGCUCAUCCUGUUGUGGGGAUUCGAACUGCCGACCUUGCGAUCAGCAAGCCCAAAAGGCUCAGUGGUUUAGACCACAACGCCACCCACGUUUUAGCACACAUGAAAACAGAUCCUUAUUUCCUGAUGAAUAGCCUUUGGACUGUAAUGUAACUUAAAUAGAAACUAUCUUUAGAAAGAUUUUUUCUCCAAAAGCAUUUUAAAUAUCCAAUUUAAAUUUUAAAAAAUGAUUUUUAAAUUUAUUUUUAAAAAUCGUUGAUUUUUAUCCAGUCUGCCUAGAAUAACAUUGGCUUUUGUUGUUGUUGUUGUUGACUCGUGUUAAGCUUCUGGUCUACUAAGGCCCCCUAGAUUCUUUUCACAUUUAGGUCUGGCAAGCCACUUGUCCUCCAUCUUAUAUUUGUGCAGCUGAUUAUUCCUGCUAAAAUGCAGAACCUUAAAUUUGUCCCUAUUGACAUUCAUUUUCUUAGUUCUGGCCCAGUUUUCCAGUCUGUUAAGGUUGUCUUGAAUCCUGUUUCUAUAUUUUGUAGCAUUGACUACCCCUCCCAGUUUGGUGUCAUUUGAAAUUUGAUGAGUAUCCCCUCAAUUCCUUCAUCCAAGUCAUUAUGGGCCUGGAAGGGAACCCUGUGGCACCCAACGUGUCACUUAUUUCUAGAAUGAUGAGAAACCAGUAGUGAGAACUCUGGGUUUGGUCAGUCAACCUGCUACGAAUCCACCUCACAGUUAUCUUGUCCAGUCCACAUUUUAGUUAUCUCCUGCUUGGACUAGUGCAAUGCGCUCUACGUGGGGCUACCUUUGAAGGUGACCUGGAAACUACAACUAAUCCAGAAUGUGGCAGCUAGACUGGUGAUUAGGAGUGGCCGCUGAGACCGCAUAACACCAAUCCUGAAAGACCUACAUUGGCUCCCAGUAUGUUUCUGAGCACAAUUCAAAGUGUUGGUGCUGACCUUUAAAGCCCUAAACAGCCUCGGCCCAGUAUGCCUGAAGGAGCGUCUCCACCCCCAUUGUUCAACCCAGACACUGUGGUCCAGCGCCGAGGGCCUUCUGGCGGUUCCCUCACUGCGAGAAGUGAAGUUACAGGGAACCAGACAGAGGGCCUUCUCAGUAGUGGCACCUGCUUUUGUGGAACGCCCUCCCAUCAGAUGUCAAGUAAAUAAGCAACUUCCUGUCUUUUAGAAGACAUCUGAAGGCAGCCCUGUUUAGGGAAGUUUUUAAUGGUUGAUUUUUUAUUUUCAUUGUAUUUUUAAUAUUUUGUUGGAAGCCACCCAGAGUGGCUGGGGAAACCUAGCCAAAUGGGUGGGGUAUAAAUAAUAAUAAUAAUAAUACAGCUUUUCAGCAAGAAUAACAUGGUAGACUUUGUCAAAAGCCUUACUGAAAUCAAGAUAUACUACAUCCACAGCAUUCCCUGAUCCAUCAAGCUUGUAUCUCUGUCAAAAAAAAAUGAGAUUCAUAUGUCAUGUUUUUGAAAAACCCUUGCUGGCUCUUAGUAGUCAUAACACCCUUUUCUCCGACUGCUUAAUUAUAACUUGAAAUUGUUAGCCUGGAAGUAAAUAUUCCACAAAUGAAGAAUUACGCUCUCUCUUCUCUGCCUCACUGCAGGGUUUUGUGGUUUUUUUAAAAAAAAACUCAUCUAAAUUAAAUCCUCUCUCCCUCUGAUCCGGAGUGUUUUCUCUGUACCAUGUAGUAAAAAAAAGGUAAAGGUACCCCUGCCCGUACGGGCCAGUCUUGCCAGACUCUAGGGUUGUGCACUCAUCUCACUCUAUAGGCCGGGAGCCAGCGCUGUCCGCAGACACUUCCGGGUCACGUGGCCAGCGUGACAAGCUGCAUCUGGAGAGCCAGCGCAGCACACGGAAACGCCGUUUACCUUCCCGCUGGUAAGCGGUCCCUAUUUAUCUACUUGCACCCGGGGGUGCUUUCGAACUGCUAGGUUGGCAGGCGCUGGGACCGAACGACGGGAGCGCAUCCCACCGUGGGGAUUCGAACCGCCGACCAUGCUGCGAUCGGCAGGUCCUAGGUGCUGAGGUUUUACCCACAGCGCCACCCGCGUCCCAAUACCAUGUAGUAUCCCCCCUUUUUUUAACUGCAUUCCCCAUCACACACCUCCAGCCUUUAGGCUGAGUGGGACAGCUUCCUCAGGUGGCAGGUGCUUGGGGCAUGGAACAGACAGAGCUAUGUGUGCCAAGCAAUCUGCCCUGCAUCUCCUAAGCUAGUUUACUGUCCCAGAGUGUAGUGGAGGAUGCUGUCCCAUGGCCAGUGUUAAAGAAAAUGCCAUUAUAAUUGGCCUCUAUACUUAGAGUCUGUAGUAAGAUUUGUAGAAUUGAAAGGGACCCCGAGGAUCAACUAGCCCUACCCCCUGCAAUGCAGGAAUCUCAACAAAAGCAUACAUACAGAAUAAUGGGAGGGGGGUUUCCUUUGCCUUAUGCAGCAAAAUGUCUUGGGGCCAGCCCUGUUUACCCCUCCUUCUUGUUUCCCAAACUUGGUUCUCCAGUUGUUUUUGGACAACAACUCCCAUCAUGCCUAGCUAGCAGGACCAGGGGUCAGGGAUGAUGGGAACUGCAGUCCAAAAACUGCUGGAGACCCAAGUUUGGGAAACACUGACCUGCCAACCUGUGCUUCUGAGAUCUGCAAAAGAAGCCUUGAUGGUGGUGCCCCCAACAAGAACUGUGUGUAGAUAGAUGACUCAAUAGAUUAUCGUCUUUGCAGUGGUGCCCCAUGUGUAGAACUUUCCCCAGGCAGGUAAUUCUGUCCCCUACAUUAUCGGCACUAGAGUAAAGAUAUUUUUGUUUACCCAAGCCACCUGGUCUUCAAGUGACAGUUUGGAAUUAAGAAAUACCCACAAGCUACAUACCUGCUUCUUUGGGGCAGUGCAACUGCUCCCAGAACAGGUAGGCUUUCUAAUUCCCAGACAUGCAUAUAUAUGCUUUAAAGUUCUUGAACGUUGCCUGUUUCUUAAUGUUAGUAGCUUGGGGGGGGGGUUGGUCGGGGGGGGGAUAGAUAGAAGCUGUGUUGUUGAAUUCCACUUAUCUUGGGGAAAGUGGAUAAAACUUUUGUGGGCAGGGAUGAUAGCAUUUGGAAGAAUGCUCACCUAUUCUGAUACUUAAUACUUCACUUUAACACUGGCUUUUUUAUUUAUUUUUCAAGCCAUGCAAUUCUGUCAGAAAGCUGAAAGUGUAAUAUUAAAAGAAAAGACAAAAAUAAAGUAAAAAAAUAAAAUUUGUCAUAUUUGGUGUCUUGUAAUAGGUGCUACUCCACUCUUAUCAAAAUCUGUAUUUUGUCUGCUUUUAUUGAUUUGUUGUACUCGGCUAUAGUAUUCUAUUUCAAGUAACAGUAAUUUUGUUAAAGACUGUUCUGUUUUGUUUUAAUUGUGAGAUAACUGUCAGGUAUAUCAAACUAUUCCUGUAAGGAAAAGAAGUCUUGGGCUGUGUUUUGGAAUUCAUUCACUGGUGUGGUUUGCUGGUAAAGCGCUUGAGGAAUGUGAAGAUCUGGGAGAUUUGGAGUGUUUCUUACUGUAUUUACCUCUGAAAUUGGAUAUGGAAAAUGAGUUUCACAUUGCAAAGCCAACAUUUUCAGGUAUCUAAUCUGGCAGUGUGCCAGGCUUGCCGCUCAUGGGUUUUGUUUUUGGAGGUGGAUGGGGAUAACCAUGAGCAUUGGUUUGCACAUAAUGCAAAAAAAGUCUCUUGUUUUCUCCCCAGCAUGUCAACAGCAGGAGCAGGACAAGAGGGAAGCAGAGAUUUUUGAGCAGCAUACGGCAACACACUGCUGAUUCAUUUUAAAUCAUAGUUUAUUUUUAACUAAUUUAACAAAAUACAGUACCCCAGCUUCCAUCCCCCCCCAUUAUAUUUGCAGCAAGGCUGGAUAUUUGUCAUCCUCUUGGUUGAGAAUGUAACAACAUUUUAUACCCUUAAUAUUAUCUUUGCUAUCUUUCACAGUUUACCUGGCAUAAAUAUCCUUUGUUUAUUUGGAACCUAAAUUGAUUAAUAAUACUUAAAAAUUAAAAUUAAUUCUGCAGAAACUGAAGGAUCUUUGCAAAAUAGUAAUUAAACCAUUGAGAAUGUAUUAAAAGUGUGUAGGUAGAAGCUCUUCACUUCUUGAUCUUCUCUCCUUUCCAGCUUGCCUGCUCUAGGUUUUUCUACCUACUUACUCCUCUCAUUCUGCUCCCCCCUCCUUUUCUUACCAUUUUUGUUGUGCCUGAAUCCUAGGGAAAAGGAAGUCACUUGCUUGUUGAAGUCCGACUUCAGCGGAACUUGCUUCUAAGUAAGUGUACAUAGAUUACAGCCCAAGUCCCUCAAUUUUCCUCCAUUCCCAAAUCUAUAGUUUUGGUUAAGGAAUGUUGAACAAGUUAAUUUCAACUCUCCCCACCCCCGCCAAAAAACAAAUUCUGCUUGCCACCCCCUUUGGAAUUCACCCGUGUGCUGUUCUUUCCUGCUGAGGUGUAUCUCACUUAUUUCCUAUCAGCCUAUUCAAAUUUCUAACUUUGCCGGGUACCGUUGUCCCAAGUCCAGUCGGCCGCUGAAAGGAUCCCAGAGAGAAAAUUGAAGUCACUCCUGCUACUGAAAGAGUUCUGGAUAAGUGUAUUAAGCUUAGAGCACUGGUUCCUACUUAGCUAAGUGCUGUUGACCCCCUUUUUCAAAAGCCAAGCCAUGGCCUCAAUACUUCUGAAAAUUUUGAUAGCUCUGUGGUAGGGCUGAGCGAUGUUGGUUAAACUGUGAUUUUGGAAAAAACUGCAUUGGCCCCAGCCGGCGGGGUGCCGGGUGAAACUGCCGCAGCUUUCACCAUGGGAGAGCUGCGCCUUGCGGGUUGUGGCCAAUACUUGUGCGUGACCGGCAAGGGACUCUGGGCUCCUUAGGCAGGCUCCAUGUGUUUAACUACCUUAGCCUUUACCCGUGCGGGCGUGCUGCCUCUUUCUUUCACCCCAGGAGGAAAGACACAGCCCACCCUCCCGGGUGAAGUCUGCAAGGAGUGGGAUCAGGGCUCUCUCAGCUGGGAAGGACAGGCUUCAUGUUUCCCAGCUAAGCAGCCCUGAUCCCACUCCUACUCUUGUGCAAGCAGGAGCGGAGGCGGGACUCUCAGCUGAGGAGGGGGAACAUUUUAACAGAGCCCCCAUCCGCCUCUGGCUCCUGCAAACCGGUGGCGGGUCAGGGUUUCCAUAAACUGCUUUGCUGAGGGGAGGGCAGCAGCACGCUCCUCAGCCAAGCAGUUUAAGGACGUGGAGGGAAGAACAAACUUUAUCGGCAAUUCGCCAGUUCAGCUUGUUUCUCCCUCUGCCUAGGGCAGAGUGCGAUGGCGGUUUCACCAGCGGUAUAUAGCUGGUGAAAGUGCCACUGCUUGGGUCCCUCUGCCUCCAGAUCCUGGCUAGUUUGUUUCUCCCUCAGCACGCUGGGUGCUGGAGGCAGAGGGACUUGAGCGGUGACUGUUCCACCAGCGAUAUACCACUGAGUGAAGCUGUCAUCGUGGUCUCUCCUCCAUACUGAUCCUGGGUUAUAUAUUGAUAUAUCGCCUAGGCCUACUCUAUGGUCAUUUUUGUUAUGUGAAUGGUGCCACGCACCCCCUGGGUGAGUUACAGAGAUCCCCUGACGUUUGGGGACCGCUGGCUUAGAGGAUGUGUAGGUCAGAGUGCGCAUGCGCCUUGUCCAAAAGUUGACCUUUGAUCUGUUUUCAUUAUUUCCUGACUAUGUAUAGGUACCAUAAUAAACUAGAUGAGCUCUGAGUUUUGCUCAAACAUUUUGGGGUGCUGUAUGUCUUCUAUAAACAAAUAAAGGCUCUUGUUCUUUUGGUGUUCCUUGCUAAUCUAAGCCUCAACCCUUCUGCUGUGUUCUGUCACUCUUCUGAGUGACCGUGUCCAGCAUCUUCACUACAGACACACCAGGACCUGUAGACCUAUAAAAGAUUAACUAGGUGCUAGCAAAAAGAAUACUGGCAUGUCUGUCAAUAAAAUACUACCGUAUUUUGCGCUCCAUAGGACGCUCCGGCCCAUAGGACGCACCUAGUUUUUUUGGGGGGGAAAUAAAGAAAUUUUUUUUUAUUUCCCCCCCAGGUGCGGGGCUGUAAGAACUAGGUCGGGGAACAGCGGGAAGGUGCGCUCUGCCUCCCCGCUGUCCCCCCGAGCUUGUGGGGCUGGCGAUGGGGAGAAGUGCGCUGAUCCUGGGACUGCAGGCAGCUCUGCGCGGCCAUCCGGAGCGGGGCGGGACUUCGCGCCCGGCUCCCGGUGGCCGCGCAGAGCUGCGCUGAUCCCGGGACUGCAGGCAGCUCUGCGCGGCCAUCCGGAGCGGGGCGGGUCUCCCGAGGGUUGCGCAGAGCUUCCUGAAGCCUGGAGAGCGAGAGGGGUCAGUGCGCACCGACCCCUCUCGCUCUCCAUGCUUCAGCGAAAGCCUGCAUUCGCCCCAUAGGACGCACACACAUUUCCCCUUCAUUUUUGGAGGGGAAAAAGUGCGUCCUAUAGGGCGAAAAAUACGGUAUAUGGAAUUGGAAAACCAGUCAGAUAGAGUGACAGACAUGAGAAGGCAUCAUGAUGUCUUCCAUGAACUUGGAUUUACGUUUGUUAUGUAUUGGGGGCUGAGUAGGGAGUCCAGCCCAUGAAACCAUUAGUGGGAAGAUCCUACCAAUGCAUCUAAUGAGUCUGAUGUCUUGAGCAGGAUUUCAGCUGCUGAUUUUACUUAGGUAACAUAUUUAGGAUUCAGUGUUCUCUGAAAUACAGUGGUACCUCCGGUUGCGCACGGGAUCCAUUCUAGAGCUCCAGUCGGAUCCCAAGGAAUUCGCAACCGGAGGUGCUGCUUCUGCACAUGUGUGCAUGGUGAAACCUGGAAAAAUACUUCCGGGUUUGCUGUGUUCGCAUCCUGAAGGAUACACAACCAGAGGUGCGCGUAUCCAGAGGUACCACUAUAUAUUGAAUCCAGGCUAUAGCGGUGUAUGUGUGAAAGGGGGAGACUACAUUCUGCAGCCUAGACACUAAAUUACAUUAACUUAAAAUCAUGUACAGACAACCCCCCGUUUAUGGAGUCCAGAGAAAGACUAUAGAAAAGGGAGGCUAUAAUAAUACUUUAAACUGUUCAUUUCAUGUUUGACACGCAUCCACAAAUUUGGCUUGGCUUAUUCUAGUUACUCAACCCUUCUGAUUUUGGGGCCACACCUCUGUACUUACUGUAGCUCUUUCACCCCUUUCCGCUCCUCCAUACCAUACUUUCUUCUACAUGUGAAUGUGUAAAUAUUUUCAUAUGUGGAGACGCACAUAGGCGCUUGUCUUUGCUGCUGCUGCCCCUUUCAGGUAUUCCAUAUCCUGCAGGGCUAUCAAUAGCUUCUCACUUUAUUGGCUAUUCCAGGGCAGUCCAACUUUUCAUGCCCAGUAGGUUGCAAGAAUAUUUUGACACUGAGCCUGUGAGCCACACACUGAAUUAAAUUUCCAUAUCAUAAAUUAAAGUGUUCGCAAUAUAAUAAAAUUAUUUAAUAUACCGGUACACAGUAAAGGUACCCCUGACUGUUAGGUCCAGUCAUGGAUGACUCUGGGGUUGUGCACUCCUCUCGCUCUAUAGGCUGAGAGAGCCGGUGUUUGUCCGCAGACAGCUUCCGGGUCAUGUGGGUCAUGACUAAGCCGCUUCUGGCGAAAUAGAGCAGCAAACGGAAACGCCGUUUACCUUCCUGCCGGAGCGGUACCUAUUUAUCUACUUGCAUUUUGACAUGCUUUCGAACUGCUAGUUUGGCAAGAGCUGGGACUGAACAAUGGGAGCUCACCCUGUCACGGGGAUUCAAACCACAGACCUUCUGAUCGGCAAGCCCUAGGCUCUGUAAACAGAUUUAAUACACAAACAGAUGUAUCCACUUUCGUUAACAGUGCAUGACCCUUUUUCAAGGCUUUAAGUUCUUUUCUUGGAUGUUGCUGAGGGCUGUCAAAAAAGACUUCGUGAGCCACAUGUGGACCGUGGGCUGCAGGUUGGACCACCCUGGUCUAUGCUCUGCCUCCACUGUCAGAGACAGUAUGCUUCUAAAUACAAGUUGCUGGAAGCAGCAGGAGGGGAGAGUGUUCUUGUUCUUGGGGCCUGCUUGUGGGACUCCAUCAGUCUGUGUGGCCAUUGUGGGAAACAGGAUGCUGAACAGAUGGAGCACUGGCCUGAUCCAGCAGGUUGUUAUUAUAUUCUUAAUAGUAAUAUGUUCCAUAGCUUGAGAAUCAUUGGCUCACUAUUCCUAAAUUGGGCUUGCAGCUGAUAUCUCUCUGCCUCAAGUUUUCUGCACAUAAAACUUACACAUUUCCCUGAGCAUUGGAGCAGGUAGCUCUUCCUAAGCAGUGGAGUGUUAGAGUUUUGUCAUCCUUACCAUUCAGAUCCGUUUUGAGAGUUGGUUGUUCAUUGGUUGUGCUUCAUCCCUCUUCUGGUCUGAUUGCCAUUUGGUGUGCUGUCCUGCUGGUGGACAUCUUGUGUCAUUACAGAUGAUCAUACAGGUGGCUACCUAAUUCAAAUUAAACUGCUGCAAAGGACUGCAGCAUUAAAAAAGUAUUUGAGACACCUGAAAGUAAAAAAUAAAGAUGCCUGCCAAAUCUUUGCUGGAAUAGUGCUCCGCAGCAUAGGACACUGCAGACAGUACUCCUAUGGAUGAUUUCCAUCAAUGGAAUAUUUUUUUCCCAUUCUCAGAUGUGAUGGAGUACGUAGGGGCUUCUUGCUACAAGAGCAGCAGGAGGAAAUAUUGUUUACCCCCAGCACCACCUUCCAAUUUAUUCAAAGGGUUCUGCUAUCCAGAACAGACUUUUCAUGGUGCAUAGAGAGCAGAAAGAAUGGAUUAAAAUCACAUCCCACCUGUAGGAACAUGCAGUUUGCAGAGGUUCACACUGAAUACAACCGUACAGGUGCAGAUUUUAACAUGUUUGUUAUAUAAAAUUAAGAUUGCAUUUUAAGAUGGAAUAUCUUGAAGAGAUGCUUCAGAUAUCAGAAGAUUUUUAAAAUUCACUAUUAUUAACUCAUGCUACUUGUUUUCCAAGUCAAACAGAUUAGAAAAUGAAUGUCCCUAUAAUUAACAUGUCACAGAACUGAGAUAUAAUACUUUAGGUUAUUUAUUGGUUAUUCAGCCAUACAUUAUAAGAGUUUUCUUAUAGUAUCAUAAUCACCCUGUUCAUAGAUCAUGGGUACCCAAUUUCUAUACCAUGGUUAGCAGACUGGAAUGUGUUUAUCUGCUUCCUGCUUACCUUUUCUGUCUCCUGCCAUAGGCCAUAGCCAAUACUGUAAUCUGUGCAAAAAUGUACUGAUUCAGAUUAACGCUACACGUUGAAACAGUAACCAUAGCUCAACAUUUUUCCAUAUGUGUAUGUAAUAUACAGAGGAGUCACAACUUCAGAUUUAUAUCUUCAUGAACUUUAUGUCUUGGAAAUGUAUGUGUGGUGUAUUUCCAAUACAUUGGCAAGUUUCUUUCAUAAUAUGCAGAAGAUGGAGAAAUCUGUAGCAGAGAAGGAGAAAUCUGAGACCGUGUGUGACCUUGCCAUUGUUUUACAGCCGUAAGAAAUCUACGUGACAGAUUUCCAGAUUACAUUCUUAGACCUGAAGAUGUUCUAUAUUCUUUUAAUAUUUGAAAGUACUUUUAUGACUUUUAAGUUUGGGGGAACCAGAAAAGAAAACUCUGUAUUUAAACUUUUCUUGAAUUUGGUGGUGAGGGCAUUUGAGUAUCUUAAAACAAGCCUUUACACCUUCUAGUGUUACUCUAGCGCCACCAUGAACUCAAAACAAGAUACUGUGCUGAACAUUAGGUAUUAGGUGCAUAACUAAGUUGAUGUACAAUGUUACCUUAAUUUUCUUCUCCAUACUAUAUAGCAUUAUUAUUUCUGUGAUGAGGUAUUCUCAGAAACUGAAAGAUGUGAUGGAGCCACGUUGAUGUUUAGAUCACUGACUCCACAGAAUAUGACUUUAUGGCACAAUAAGCUUUAAAAGUUCUUUGGCACUUCCUCCAUUAGUAUAACUCUUUAAAAAAAAAGAAGUCCAAAUAUCUCUUCCACACCGUCUCAAAAAUAAAACUACAUUUGAAGUCACCACUCUGUAUUCUUUCUUUCUUUGUCUUCUACAUCUUUCAUUGGGGACUAGAAGUUGGCAAAUAAAGGUGGAGUGCAUGUGAACACUUUAUGAUCUUAUAAAGUAUUAUUAGAAGUGAGUUAGAGUUGGCACAAUUGUCAAAUAUGGUCAAUUGAUUGCUUAGUAUUUGAUCUUGGUCAAAUAUGGUUAAAUAUUCAAAGAACGAAAUAGCAUACCUUUUUAAAAACUCUUUAAUGGUAAAAUUUGUUAGCAAGAGUGGGAGGGCAGCAAAGGCAUGAGAACUGCAAAUCCUGUAACAGUCCAAGGCAGAUCUACUACUGUCUCACUGAUAAAGCUGGAGCCAUCUUUACACAGGAACAUAAGCAUUCAUCAGUGGCAAUGUUGAGUGCACAGUGUGUCUAACUAGGAUCACAGAGACUUUGGUUUAGAGCAGUGUUUCUCAAACUUGGUCCCUGACUGCUGUUGGACUAUAACUCCCAUCAUCCCUGACCACUGGCCUUGCUAGUUAGGGAUGAUGGGAGUUGUAGUCCAAUAACAGUUAGGUACCCAAGCUUGAGAAACAGUGGUUUAGAGUUUGAUUUGGCCAAGAAGAUCAUUAUGUGAUGUUGGCCCCUGCUUUCUGCCACCAGCCCCUUCUGCCCUCUGGUUUGUUAAAAAUCCAGUUCAGCACUGAAUGAUACGUUUGAAAAAUGUGAGACAGAACAAAAAUCAAUAUUCAUUUUGAAACCUGCUGCUUUAUUUCAGUAAUGAAAAGUCUGUGUCCUUCCAGACAUUUUUGGGCUCCUCCCAUCAUCUGCAGUUAGUGUUAGAAACAGAGAUGGAAAAGCUAGGAGCCAAAGGAUCCCAGAACCUGGGUUACAGGCACAAAACCAAAAUGGCUAGUCACACCCCCCCCCAAAUGCAGCAACACUUUCUGUUUAUUUUUUUGAAACACAUGAACUAAUACACAAUUUACAUCAGUGACAGUUUGCUAUUAUCAUAUUUUUAAGAGCAGCUCUUAAUUGGAUACCACAAACAUAAAUGGGGCUCAGCCUCAGCAAUAGUUGUCAGCCAUAAGUAUAUAAAUAUGGGGGUGGGGGGGUGUCCGUCUGUCUUAACUCAAUAUGUUAUGUUGCAGCUUCAGCAAGUACCGCAUCACAGUUAAAUAUGUCUCUAACAGUAUAUCAAACUUAUUAGAAGAACAGGCCUAACAACACAACCCUAACCAUAACCCUAACACAGAAAUAGAUCCUACUGAAAUAUAUCAAGGCAAAUGGGAUUGGGGUUGCAACCUAAUUUACUGUUUUUGAGCAGUAACUCUCCACUUGCAAGAAAAUUUUUUUUUGCAGGACUCCCUGUACAGCUGAGCCUUCAGAAUCCUGUUACAUGAAAGGUUCUGGGUACCUGGGAUGCCACAUUUACCAUGGCAAACCAAAUAUGUAAAUGUUAAUGCAUUUUGCAGGCCUUCCUUUUAAUAUACAGCAUUUGAGAAUCUCACUAAAAGAUUCAUGUUAGCACCAUCCCCUCCUCCUCCCUUAAAGCUUGCCAUGUCCUCUCAAGAGUGUUUUCUUGUCCCAGCCAAUGUGAGUCCAAUAUUAUGAGAUUCAUUACAAUAAAACAACGAGGUGGCAGACUUACAAAGUGGGUUUAAAUGAGUUUUUAAAAUGCCAUAAUAUUCAUCCUAAAUAUUAUUCCAUGGUAUUCCUUCGAAACAUUGGGGGUUGGGGGAAGAGAGAAGGUCCCAAACAUCUCCAAAGCAUCCUUCCAGUGCCUCAUUAUGUAAACCAGAAAGGAAUGCCCACAAAUGGAGGAAAUAAACUUGUCGCUAAAAUAACAACAAAGCAACCUCCCAUUCUUCCUUGAUUCCCCCCCCCCCCAAGCAAAGCUCAUUUUGCUUAAAGAAUGUCCAUACAAACCCCUUCUAAAAUAAGGGGGUGGGGGAAGAUGACCACCUGGAGGAGAAAAAAGAAGGGGAGACAGACCAAAUCAUGCCUUUCCUACCUGGGAGCAAAGAACAGAAAGCAAACUGAAAAAUGUGUGCCUCAUUAACAACAGACAGCUUUUGGAAUCCUCAGGAGGCUGGGAGCAACCCAGGCAGUUUGCUUUGUCUCCUGUAAAGUUGGAUUCAAAGCUUCCCUCCUACCCACAAGAGAUAAGUAAUCCAUUUAAACACAUGAAAUAGCUUCACAGGUGGAUUGUUUACUUAUGCAAACAGUUCCACAAUGGAGUGUCUCUAGCACAGGGGUCAGCAGACUUUUUCAGCAGGGGGUCGGUCCACUGUCCCUCAGACUUUGUGGGGAGCCGGACUAUAUUUUGGGGGUGGGAUGGGAAAUGAACGAAUUCCUAUGCCCCACAAAUAACCCAGAGAUGCAUUUUAAAUAAAAGGACACAUUCUACUCAUGUAAAAACACGGGCCUUAGUUUGCCUACCCAUGCUAGGCUAGCAUAUCAACAAUAGUUGUUAACAGCUGCCCUUGCUAUCCUGCAGUGGAGAUUACUUUCAUGGGCAAAUGAGGUGACUGCAAUUCUUAACUUGGUCAUUAGAUGGUGAUCUUAAGUUGCAAAAAAAACAAAAAGUGACCAGUAAUUUCGGACUGUGUGCAGUUGGCAUGGCCAGUGGUCAGGAAUGAUGGGAGUUGUAGUCUAGCAACAUCUGAAGAUCCACAAGUCCCCCUGCCCCCAAUUCAUUCCAAACUGGUAACAAAAAAUGAUCCUGGCCAUUGCUGCCACCUGCUACUCAGGUUUGCAGCAUCCAGUAAUGUCCCCAACUUAAGCUGCAAACCUUCAGAGGAUGUGUGACACCAUCAAAGACCAGAUUUAUUGAAACUGGUCAUGAAUUUAUUGAGUAAGUUUCUGUUAGUUUACCAUCAUGUAUCCCAAAAUGCCUCUUUUCUAUAGGUAGCUAGCUAGGAGGGAAGGUUAGUAAAACUAUGCAAAUGUUAAAGAUGCUUUCUGUUUUAAAAUAUUUACUGUAUGUAUAUAAUAAAACUGUAAGCAGUUGUGUGCCAAAAGACUUGCCCUUUAAACUGUUUUCAGUCUAGGUCUACUUUCAAACAAAGUUAUAGUUGUGUUCUCUGCAACAAGCAGCAUAUGAAUGGAAAUUGGAGCUUUUGAAAUUUUGGCUACUUCUUCAAUGUUUACUGUCUUGCAUAUAUCAUUCUAGUAUGGGAAGGGGCAGUAUCUCUGGUGUGGGACAUGUGUUCCUUCUGGGUAGUUUGUGCGCUCAGCUCUGGGCUCCAAGAAGCAAAAUAGAGGAAUGGUAUUUGACUACUGAAUGACAUUUAUAUUUUCCUUUCCUGGUGUGGUUAAUGCUGCCUUCUAGAUUGCCUCCAUUUUGGGCAAGCUGUACACUUCUUUGAUUUGGCUUCCUGUUGUCUUUAUAAACCAUGCAAAUGAUGGCUGUCUCAAGAGGCUAGGUUAUCAUAACAGUAGUUUGUAAAUAAAACUACCUUUACAAUGUGUUAUGACCAUACAUAGUAGCAAAGGUAUAUCAGAAGGGGCCUCUGGAUUCCUCCAUUCAUUAGGCUUUUAGCAUAUGCAAUAUAGGUAAUGUUUGGUGAUCCAAAACGUAUGUGCAGCGUAAAUAUAUGCUAUACACCAGGGUUUCACAAACUUGGAUCUCCAGCUGUUUUUGGACUAUAACACCCAUUAUCCCUAGCUAGCAGGAGCAGUGGUCAAGGAUGAUAAUUGUAGUCCAAAAAUAGCUGGAGACCCAGGUUUGGGGAAGCCCUGCUUUGCACAUUCUGCACAUGUAAAAUAGGAAGGUAGCUACUGGCCUUUCACUUAUAUACCAAGCCAGUGACAGUUGUGUUUUAAACUUACUGUAUAUGGCAACAAUCACAGAGCUGGAGAAGAAGCUAUUUGUGUAACAGAGGAUCUUCCUCAUCCAGUUUCGUACCUUGCCCAAAUCAGCUAUUAAACCGUGUUCCAAAAUACUUAAAUCUUAGAGGUGGAAUGAGUAACAGCAUAGCCUUGGUGUGUCCACAAGUUAACUAUCAUUUGAGGGAAGAACAAGAAAGGAGGAGGCAAAAUUCAUUCCACUCUGUAUAUAAAUCGUAGCUGUCAUACUAACUUUGAUCUUGCAAACUUUGCCAAACAUUAUCAAAUAAAUAAUAAUACAGAUGUCUACUUAACACAUAAUAUUAAACCAAACUGGUUGUGAAUUCUUAAGAGUAUUAAAAUGUAAAAUAUAAAUUACACAAAAGAGAGAUAAUGUAGUACUGUAGUAAGACAGGAUUGGGUUGUAAUUUUACUUCAGAGAAAUAUAGACAGUAACUCUUUUAAUUUUUAAAUAAACUUUGUAAAUAUUGAACUGAACAAUAAAGAUAGCCUCAUAUUAACCAACAAUCCAUGUAAUAAGUUAAUCCUAGCAGUACUAUCUAUUAGGAAGUGCCCAGUAGUGCCUGGAUAUUUUUAGAAACCAACAAAUACUGUGAAUUUUAAAUGGAUAGUAUAAUUUGUGAGUUUGGAGCCAUCAUGCCAAAAAUUAUGUCUAGUUAUUCCAAAAGCAUGUUUCAGUCCACCAUCUUGAUUAAAAAUUAGUCAAACAUCUGAAUAGCAUCUUGGUGGUGAUGAAGUCUUCCAUCCCCACCACUGGAGUACAAGGACUGAGUUUGGUGAUGAUAUCUCAAGAUUCAAGCAAAACUAUGUCAAAUAAUGGGCAAAGACAAGUUUCUGUGAGAUCCAGACUUCGACAAACAGCACUGACCCUACCUUAGAAACCCUCUGCCAAGUAUGGCAAUGUUACCUACACAGGUAUCUAAACGUAUAUUGAACAAACAAAUGGACAGACAAACCUUUUUCCAAAAUAUCUAGCAGAUAUCUUGGGAACAAGCCACAACAUUGUGUGAAGGGAUUUCAGAGAUUUGGCGGGCUGGGACACACAGUUUUAAGGGGGUGCAAUUCGCUGGAGUUCUCACACAAGCUGUGAUCUCUCCCCCCCCCCCCAAAUGCUCUAUUCCGAGAUGCAUUUGUGGGCUGGGGGAGAUUAUGUACAAGGUUAUCAAUAACGUGGAUGGUGCCAUUCUAUCAAUAACUCCACUCCCCCAAAAAAUACCACUUGGAAGAAGACAUUGGAAGGGAAAAAGAAGAUACCCACCAGCCAAUUAUCACUGAGAAGAAACUCCAUUUAGUGUCUUGUCCCCAAAUGCAAUGAUAUACUUUUCCCACUGCUACAUUUGUGUAAAUAACUUUUUGAUGUAAUUGUAAAAUGUUUCAAUUUUUCUUUUUGGUAGGUUUUGAAAGUAUUUUAGAAGGGCUUUAUGGACCAAGGCUACGAAGAGACCUCAGUUUAUUUGAAGGUAAAAAAAAGUUUGAAGUGCUUAAAGGUUACCUUUAAAUAAUGUGACAAUUUGAAGCAUGUUUUUGAAAAAUAAGGAAUUGUGCUGGGGAAUUUUAGUGUUUGUUGUCUUUGUUCUGUUCUCUACAAGUGCUUUUCCAUUUCUUUUAACCUUGAUUUAAGAUUAGUUUAACGUCCUUGAUUUAACAUAAGUGUUCCUGAUAUUUUGUUCACUUUAGAAUAUUGACACUGUUAGUUUCUUUUUGGGGUAUUACCUAAUGAAAGGAAUAACAGGAAUCGGUGUACUGCUAAGAUUAUUUUUGAACUAAUUAAAUAUGAUAACAGUAAUGAUUUUACACCAUUAUUAUCAUAACUGAAUAAAGUCUCACUUUUCUGAAUCCUGUGCAAAUGUAUAUUUGUAAAAAUAUAUUUCUUUCAAUAAAUUAUUGUUUAAUUAAAAAAAAAAACUUUUUAAAAGAGAGUUGGUGCAGUGGCUGAGGACUAGAUUCCAGAGUCAGCAGAAUCAAGCAGUAAAGCUUUUCCCAUGUUUAUGGCUUCAACGCUAUCGCUUCUGCCAUGAAAAGAGAUGUUAGCAGGGAAAAUAACAAGAGACUUCAAAGAAGUCAGGAAGACUAUUUUUUGGGUGCCUUGUACAUCAGUCUACUUGUUCUCUGUGUUGGGAUUUGUUGGUUUUUCUCUACUGUGAUUGGGAACUGCUUGGAAAUGAGUUGUCUGGACAGGGCAGAGAGGAAUAGAAGUGGCCUUGGUAUGCAUAUUCCAAGGCAGGAGCAGGUAGGGCUGGGGCAGAGAGAUAGGCUUAUGGGCAGAAUGCUGGUAGACAUUUGAGGGUUAUCUUCCCUUCCCCAUCUCAUUGUCGUAGCAGCAUCCCUUUUGUUUUUAAGCUUCUGUUUCUCAAUUCAGGUCCAUUAAUAGAUUUCAUUCUUGAUUAACAUACUUAGCUAGUGUUUUAUCACAGAAGCCUGGUCAGAUGAUGCUGAGUUAAAAGUCAGCUUUAUCCACUGGAUUUUUCUGUGUUGCAGUAUAUUAAACCUAUUAAACCUAGAAGACGGGUAGUGGAGAAUGCUGGUAGUGUUGUCUGUUGCAAUUUCACCAUUUAAAAGUUCUCUGGCAAUCAUUUUGAAUGUUCUUAAGGGUCAGUGUUAGAGACAGAACUGGGCUUCUGGUGGAUGUAUCACCCAAUCUGCAGUCCAACAGUCUUCCUACCUAAGUUAGCUGGGUGGUCUCAGUUUCCCAUGGAUUUCAUCCAUGCUGAGAUCUACCGGUACUUGUCAUGAUAGCAUUUCAUGAUCUCCAUGACAGCUAUGAGUCUGUCUGUUAAUAUCUGUCACCACUCAAGUGUCUGGACACAGUCUUGCUUUCAUGUUUUGUGUUGAUUGGGAUGACAGUGAUCCGAAGGUGGAAUAACUUGUUAUGGUUCUUUUGUCAUGGCUGCAAAGCUACUUGGUAGGGUUUAGGCUUAGUGGACUUCCCCUCCUCUGUAGAUAUGGUUACCUACCUAAAUACGCCACCUGCGGAGACAGACAAAUCAAGCUGGUUUCAAGUUGUAGGGGAUUUUCAUGCCGCUACAGCUGACAUUCCUCUUGAAACAUAGUGAUUUUUGGAAUUAGGAAAUGGUCCAAGAUGCUGUAUUACUCCUGAGCAUCCGCUCCUGUUGGAAAACACAAUGGUAGGAACAAUAAAGGAAAAUUAGUGAGGCAUUUCACCAAAGACUGGACUAAAGCCAUUUAAAGUUUCCUUUCAUUUUGUAAGUUGUUUGUUUAAUUUAAAUAUUGAUAGCAUUUUCACAUCUUGGCUGUGAAGUCAAGACAGUACCUCCACUUACCUUCAUCUUGAACAGCAAUAUGAAGAACAUAAUAGUGACCUAACUUAGAAGAUUGGAAAGGUUUUCUGAGAUAAUGUAUAUGAGGAUGGCAAACAUGCCUUCCCCCCUCCUGCUCCAGAGGAUGCUGAACUACAGUCCUCAUUAUCCCAUUAUGACCAUGCCGGCUAAGGCUGGUAGGAGUUGUAGUUCAGCAAAAUGCAGGACUCAUUGGUUCACCAUACCUGAUGUUUGUGGAACUCAACACUCAUAAAAAGCAUUAUAAAUGCUAAGCAUUAUUAUUACUUUCAUAUAGUUGCACUGGCAUUCUUCUUGAAGGAAAGGAAGAUAUUAAUUGGCCAGUACACAGUGGUCAUCUGUCAAUACCCAUUUUACAAAGGGAAUGGCUUGCAUCUUUGAAAUGCUGUCCUGGUGAUGCCAACUUUGUUUUCUUUUAGGCACCAGGCAGAAAUUAGAUUGAUGACCCAAUCAUUUAAAACAUUUUUACUAUCUUGAAUAGCAACCCUCAUUUGCCCACAUUUUAAACUCUCAAUUUAUUGCACUUUUACCUGCUGUUUAUUUUUUUAAAUUGUUGUCUAUAUGCUGAAUAGUUUAUUGUUCUUUGUGUUGUUUUUAGUCUUUGUAAACUGCAUUGAAAGGCAGUAUAUAAAUGUUUUAAAUAAAUAAAUAUAAAUGUAACAAAUAAUAUAAAAAGAAAAAAAUCUGUAAAUACAGUACUUGCUUAAGAGAACAUACAUUUUACUUUACGUACUAACCUCGCAAGAUAUACAAUCCCGCCAUCUAAACAUUUUAGAGCCCCAUUUAUUUCAGUUAAAAAUACUUAAGAGAUAACUGAGGUAUCAAAAUGUUUAGGUUUCAUAAAAUCAGGAUGAUUUUAUAUGGAGAGAUUUGACAUGAUAAAAUUUAGUGUUAUUAUGAGUUUUCUCCUGCUACUGACUAAAUACAGUAAGGUAUGGUAUAUUGUACAGUUCAGUUGGAACUAAUUUAUGGUGACACAAUUAUUUUCUAUAAUUAAGUUGCCCGUCCUAAGAUAGAUACAGUAUGGGAUUUUCUAGUUUGGUGCUUUUCCACCAUAUAUACCUGUUGAAUUUAGUCCCUUUGGGAUUUCUAUAGAUUAAUAGGUGCUAGAAAGUGUUGUUUUAUUUAUUGGAGUGCAGAUUCCAGCCAAGAAAAUACACAGUGCUGUGUUCAUUUGUUUUGAUCUUUAAACAGCCAACAUUUUCUCUAGUAGCAACUCAACUGCAUUGCCCUACCAGCAUCUGCUGCUAUCUUGCUUAUGCUGUCAUGCCCCUUGUAUUCCCCCAGUUGGUUGACUAAGCAGGAGCUGACAAUGGCAUUUUCAUCACCUCCUUAACAGAGUACUACUCUGCCUUCUAGGUACUAGAAAAAAUCCUAGUGUUAGAAACAGAAUUAGCUGGUGCUAGACUCUUAGUCUUGAUGCUGGUGUGUUAAAUUUUGUAAACAAACACAACCCAAUCUGAAUGAAGUCUGGAGAAAUAUUCAAAGUUCCUUAAAGCAAAUACAGUGGUACCUCAAGUUACAAACGCUUCAGGGUACAAACUCCGCUAACCUGGAAGAGUUACCUUGAGUUGAGAACUUUGCCCCAGGAUGAGAAAUCGUGUGCUGGCGGCCGCAAGAGGACCCAUUAGCGAAAGCACGCCUCUAGUUAAUAACAGUUUCAGGUUAAGAAUGGACCUCUGAAACAAUUUAAUCUCGUAACUAGAGGUACCACUGUAACUUGUGUUUCACAUAUCCAAUAUUAGAGGGGAGAAUACCUCUCAGUGGGUUCAAUAGAAAGUGUUAUAUUGGAAUCCUAUGCAUGUUUAUUCAAAAAUAAGUUUCAUGGGGCAUACUCCCAAGUUAGGUAGAGAUAGCAGAGGUAGAGGUAGCAUGAGGGCAUCCUGGGGUUUGGGAUUGCAGCCUUAGUCAUUCUUAGUUCCCACUGAAAUCUGGAAUUUAAGUUUUGUCAUAGUUACUUGCACUUAGGCUCCAUUGAAAUAAACAGAAAAAGUCACUAUUCUGCUUGGGCUCCAAACUAAUACAGUAUAUCUUUUUGAAAACAAUGUGCUAUGUACAUAUGCAAUCUUCUCAUGGUGACAGUUCAUUGCAAAAGUAUCUCUUCUUAAGAAUAGUUAAACAGAUAAUUGCCUUUGGUAGUAGUCAAUUAUAAGUUUCUUUAACACUUUAUUUUUAUAAUUUUCUUUUCAUUUCCCCCUCUAGACUGUGAACCAGAAGAAGUGGCUGACUGGUCUAUGGAUGAAAAAUGUUCCUUUUGUAAUUUACAUAAAGACACAGUCAGUGUAAGUAUGUGUGCUAUAAAUUGUUGAAAGAGAUGGUUUCUAAUAUAUUUAUUAAAAUCUUAUUUGAAUUCAAAUUAUUUUACAGUAUAAAAGAUCUGAUGAUUGCAUAUUUUUAAAAUGGAAAGCCUUCUUAAUCUUAGUCACUAUUUGCAAACUUUUAGAGCCAUAAUUUACCCAUAUUUAGAAGUGUUCUUUAUACCUUUUAGGAUCAUACGACAAUUAUUGGUUCUUUGCAGUCAACACCUACAGAGGAACUAUCAUCUCAGGGCCAGUCCAACACUGAUAAAAUUGAGUGCCAAGCAGAGAAUUACCUAAAUGCACUCUUUCGCAAGAAAGGUAAUAUUACUUCAGUUGAUGUCAUAAUUGAUUGUAUUUGUCUAGUAGUUCUUUUGAAUCACUUUCAGCACGCAACCCUGCAAUUGGAUAUUGCCAUCCCUUUGCAAUUUUCAUAUGUUCUGUUUGCCAUUGCCAGUCUGUCCCAGUGUAGCUUUAUAUUAUUCUUUAUUUUAUUUUUUAAAAAUUUAAAACCUUUUCUAAUGGUAAGCAUUUCUGAUGCACUUACCUUAUGCUAAAUCUACUUUAAGGGGGAACUGGUUACGGGGUGGGCCUCCCUUUUGGUUGGCAUAGAACAGUAUGCAGGAUGGUCCUGUAUCUAUGCUGGAGCUACUUGUGGAGAGCAAAGGGAGAGUAGUUAGCAGUAGUCAGCAGCUGGAACACAUACACUUCAUAGCAUGCAUGGCUGUGACUGUUUCCAUAAUUUCUUGCCUUUUUGAGCAAAUAUACACUAGGCUUUUCAGUCAAGGGCAUGGAUGAUGGUGUACACCUCUGCUUUCCAGGCAUUGUUUAUUUAGCACAUAAUAUAUAACUGCUAUAUUUCCACAUGAUUUUCUGCCUGAGAAUCCAAGAGUAAUGGCAGCUUCUGGAGCAUACCAAAAUUAUGCAUCAGAUCCUGUAGGGCUAAACAAAAGCCAAUCAAGUGUGGGUACCUCAUUUACUUUGCAGGAAUUUCUAGAUCUAAUAAUCUUCACGUUGUCUUCAAUUUUAGUUUGUCAGCUUUCAUGUAAUAUAUGCAUGACUAUAUACUCUUGUGCCAAUUAGAGCUGGGCAAUGUAUUGAUACAUUGUCAAAAAUCAGUUUGAAGUUCACAUUGUGGUAACACUUUUAUAAUAUGCAACAUGGCGAUAUAUCGCGAAUCCCAAUGUGUAUGUGUGCUAUGUAAAAAAUUGUGAUGUGGGGAAAACUGUGAAGCCAGUUAUCACGGUGCCUUCUGCCCCUGUUACUCUGUACCAUAAAAUAACAGUUGUAAAAAUAUGUUAAAGGUAAGUAAACAUGUAUCCAUUUUAUACCCCUAAGUCAGUGGUGGCCAAACUUGGCCCUCCAGCUGUUUUGGGACUACAAUUCCCAUCAUCACUGACCACUGGUCCUGUUAGCUAGGUGUGAUGGGAGUUGUAGUCCCAAAACAGCUGGGGGGCCAAGUUUGGCCAUCACUGCCCUUAGUAAUAGCAGUUUCCAGGACAUUACCCCGUUAACUUCUACAUAGUUACAUCCUUAUUUCAGACAUCGUGUUAUAUUGGUAUAUCACAAUGUUGAAAACCAGGCAUGGUUCAGCCCUAGUGCCAAUUAAGCGUUUCCUACUACAGUAUUACAUGUUUCUGCCUAUUUUUGCAGUAGGAAACAUUGAUCCUUAAAAUCAGUUUGCAAGUGGGGCAGGGAUAUCGCUUUAUUAAUACAGUGGUGCCUCGCAAGACGAAAUUAAUCCGUUCCGCGAGUCUCUUCGUCUAGCGGUUUUUUCGUCUUGCGAAGCAACCCUAUUAGCGGAUUAGCGCUAUUACUGGUUUAGCGGCUAUUAAAGGCUUAGCGGCUUAGCUGCUAAAAGGCUAUUAGCGGCUUAGCGGCUUAGAAAAAGGGGGGAAAGUGAAAAAAAUCUCAAGACUCGCAAGACAUUUUCGUCUUGCGAAGCAAGCCCAUAGGGAAAUUCGUCCUGCGAAGCGCAUCGAAAAACAGAAAACCCUUUCGUCUAGCGGGUUUUCCGUCUUGCGAGGCAUUCAUCUUGCGGGGCACCACUGUACCUUUUUUUUUUUUUUGUAAGCUACCUUGAAUGGAAAAAAUGGUGGGGUAUAAAUACUUCUUGAAAAGUAGAGUCAUACAUCAGGAUAAAUAUGCUUCAGGAUAAGUAUUUUCGGGUUGCGCUCCGCAGUGACCUGGAAGUAACGGAGCGCAUUACUUCCGGGUUCACCGUUCACGCAUGCGCAGACGGUCAAAAUGACGUCGCACACAUGCGUAGAAGCAGCGAGACGCGCAGAUGCGUCUUACGUUCUGUUCAGGAUAUGAACGGGGCUCCGGAACGGAUCUCAUUCGCAUCCCAAGCUACCACUGUAGAUUAAUGUCCUGCUCAGAUGAUAGCAGUAAUUCAGAAUGCAUGGGCAAAGUACUUUCUUCUGGGUACUAGGGUAAGGGGUGAAGGUUGUCUAUUCAUGGAAGCUUCUCGUGCAAGAUUCCUGCAAUGCAGGGGGUUGGGCUAGCCGACUCUUGGGGUUCCUUCCAAUUCUAUGCAGCUGAGGACUUUCUAGCCCAGAUUUUCUGUAUUUUGAGGAGCUGAAGAAGCAGCUGCCUCUUCGGCAUUGAAGAUCUUAGAGCAGAAACUAGAUAACUAUUUGACUACAAGUGCGAUUCUAUUGUGUAUAUUUGUAUUCUUUCUUUGGGAUUUUAGCCCUUGAGUUUGUUGCGCCAACACGACUUACGGAAAACGUUGAAUUAACUGCUAUUAUUUAAAUAAGUGAAAUCUGUAGAGCAUAGACCAGGGGUCAGCAAACUUUUUCAGCAGGGGGCCGGUCUACUGUCCCUCAGACCUUGUGGGGGGGUGGACUAUAUUUUUUGGGGGGAAAUGAACGAAUUCCUAUGCCCCACAAAUAACCCAGAGAUGCAUUUUAAAUAAAAGGACACAUUCUACUCAUGUAAAAACACGCUGAUUCCUGGACCAUCCGCAGGCUGGAUUUAGAAGGCGAUUGAGCCGAAUCCGGCCCCUGGGCCUUAGUUUGCCUACCCAUGGCAUAGACCGACAACUUUAUAAAUGUUUCAUUAGAGUAUUAGGUCUUGAUGCAGACGGAUAAAGCAAAUGCAGUAAAUGUGUUUAUUCUAAUUCAUAUGUUUAUUUGCUAUUAUUUCCCUACAGAUCUUCCUCAGAACUGUGAUCCUAACAUUCCCUUAGUUGCUCAGGAAUUAAUGAAAAAGAUGAUCCGUCAAUUUGCAAUUGAAUACAUUUCAAAAAGUAGUAAAAUGCAAGAAAAUAGAAACGGUUCGUCAUAUGAAACAAGUCUGAUAUGUAAAGGUAUCCAAAUGAACCAAACAGAAAAUUCAUUUCAGGAAGAACAGGAUAGCCCUCUAGACCUCACUGUGAAUCGAAUACAAGAGCAGAAUACUCAGCAAGGUAAAUUUCUUUUUUGUUGGUUGGUUGUUUGAUAUGAUUAGAAAUGAAAUUCAUUGAGUUUUAUGAUAAAUAAGAAAGCUAUCUUGAAUACAGUUUCACUUACUAUUAUCUAUACAAAAUAAUUUGUAAGGAUAGGUGCCACAAUCCACAGAUCAUGCAUGAUUCUCUUGCACGUAUGACUGCACCAUAUUUAAAUGAGCAGAUUUUAAACACACCUGUUCACAUUGAGUUUUUUAAAAUGAAUUGAGAACCUCUUGGAAUAUAUCUCUUAAGUAGUUGCUGGAGUAGGGCAUUUAAAAUGUAACCAGUUUGUAACCAGUUGCUGUGGGAGUCAUCCACUUCCUUCCUUUGCCACCAGCACUUCCUGUAGACUCUGAAUCCAAGUGAAAGCAAGCAAGAGGGAAACGAGAUUACUGUGCUUAUUGUCCCACACACAGCAUAAGAAAAGCACUGAUUUUCUUCGCUGCUGCAGCUCCUAGAUACAAAGGCCCAGUGAGAAAGUCCAAUGAGAGAAUCACAGCCACUGUAUCAGGUUCUGUGGCUUCUGCCUUUAAAGACCAGUAAAAAGAGAAAACAGAUUGAUGGGAGGGUAGCCAGCCCUAGCUUACUGCCCCUGAAAUCGCAUGUGCUGGCUACACCUGCAGUGAAAAUUGUAGAGGACAAUAUAAUUUGCCACUUGGGUGCUUACCCAUGGAAGGCUGCCAGCUACUUAGUGCAGGCAAGUGGCAAAUUACAAGACUGAAUUGCGUAUUUCUGCUAAAUGUGCUGUCAGCCACAAAUGAAGAUUGAAAGUAUAGUUAGUUGGGCAUAAUGAUUAACCUUGAUGUUAUUUCAGAGUUGUAAGCAUUGUUCUCUGUUUUUGUUUUUUAAAAAUCCCUCUUAAAUUGACCAUAUAUCCAAAUCAAACCAAGAAGGGACAGCUCACAUGAAGUUCAUUUGUAAUUUAGUUCUAACCAGGACGUCAUGAAAGAAAUAAGGAGAUAGUUCUUCCAAAGUCAAGUCACUGAUUUCAGUGAAAGGGAGUUAAGUAUUGCAGCUUCUCCAUGUAAAUUAGUGCAUCUUUAAAGUUAUUUAUUUAAAAAUGCAGAACAAAGAGUUAGCAGUAACCGUUUUACUUUUCAAAAUGCCAUUAAAGAGAAUUAAUACUGAGCAAGUUAGCAUCCUUAGGUCUUAAUUAUCCUUUCGUUGGAUGGAUUAAUAUAUGGACUUUUGCAGACACAAAAUAAAUUGUUGGUAGUAUAUAAAUGUCUUUAUUCCAUUGCUACAACCUCUUUAAACAGAAGGAAUAAGACUGUUCACAGACAUAUACUUAUUUAGUGAAAAUUAAUUUAUUUUGUUGUAUAAAUUUUCUAUAUAUGUAUGUUUUACUUUAGAAGCCAGCAUUUAAACUUGCCUCUUUUUGACUUUCAACAUUGGGGGUGGGGGGUUGUAGUAGGAGUCAUACUUACCUGUGUUAAUGCAUCUUCUCUACAGGUGCUGUUUUCAUUUUCAGAAAAUGCCCUUUCUGAAAAUGUGUAGUUUUAUUCCAAGCACCCUGAUGUGGUUGGGGAUUGCAUGAUGGGGUUGGGGGUUGCAGCAGCUGAACGAGUGGGCCAUGAAGCAGGGGAUUUCUCUUCAGCCUAAAUUUCAGAUAUCUUAAAUGAGUAGAAGAGGAGUAGGGACUGCAUUGAGCAAUGAAGAUUGAGGGAGUAAAACUUAAUACCCUCCAGGUGUGUACAAUGCCAAAGAGCUGGCCCUUUUGAGCAGUGAAAUGGGUUGUAAGCAUGUUAUUGAUACUUCCAUUGUACAAUAGGACAAAGUCAAAUGACUGAAAAUGCUGACAGGUAUAAAUUUUAUAUAAUCAUAUUAGCAAUGGCUGUUACAAAAAGUAGUUAUUAAAGACACUUAUUGAAAUAAUAGCUUGCAGCUCAGCCAGGCAGAUGAAGAUGAUGUCCUAUAGGCCUCAGGAGUGGGGAUUUGGUCCAACUAUCGUACUGGAUCCUUAAUUUCCUACCUGGCUGUGGGUCAACUUUGACAGGUGCCCAGAAUUGCAAAUAUACCUGUUCACCACUUGCUUUGGUCAGACCUUGCUAUUCCCCCACUUUUCCUAUCAAAUACCUGAAGAGUACUAAUGACCAGGCACUUCUCAGGAUGGGUUACAAACACAUACUCAUUUCUGAUAUCUGAAAUUUAGGCUAAAGAGAAAUCCCCCACUUCCAACCCAUUUGUUCAACCUAUACUUUGAAAUGGCUGAGUAUCUGUAACUAUCUGCCAAGAUACUCUCUUUAAAGCUAUAUAAUUAAGGAUAUGCCUCCCAGUGCUUCUGUGCUAAGCUGCAGCAUUUCUCCUAAGUUAAACAGGGCAUGCACCCAGGGGCGUCUUACCCAUAGAGGGACGCCAGGGCGCCAAGUUCUGGAGGGUGCCAGGGAAGAGGCAGAGGCUGGACGUGGCGUCUCCCGGCAUCAGCUCGUCGCCCUCGCCCGCCUCCUCCAUGCCGUGCCGAAGCUGCACCCAUAGCCUCCGUCUGCCGUGGCCACUGUGGCACGAAGCAGCCAGUUGAGCCGGGAGAUGCCACGUCCAGCCUCCACCUCUUCCCUGCUGGAGGAGCCACCCUCCAGCAGCCAUCCUCCCUUAAAACUCCCUAAAAACUCUGGAAAACGGGGGGGGGGCACCGCCAGAGGGAGCUUUGCACCACGGCGCUGGAUAUUCUUAAGACUACCCACUAUUGUGCCACUGCCAUGUAAUUAUGAAUAUGGCAGUAAGAGAAGUAGCUUUCUGUCAUCUCAUUAUGUAGCUCAUUUACUCUUCUUAAUGGUAUAUAUUCUAAUUGCAUAAUUUAUAUAAAUCUGCCAUCAGUUGAAUGUAAAACAUAUAUGUAGCAGAAUGAGAUGGUAGGAUGGGCAGUAUCAUUUCAGGUUGCUGGUCGGGAAUCACAUUUUUAAAUGUUCCCGUGUAUAAAAUCUUCCUGCAAGUAGAAGGUUAGCACAUUGUGAAACAGACUGGAUUAGUACCAUUCUCUCUGGUAUGCUAGGUUUUAACUUGCUGGAAAUCGGUAAAGAGACCCCUGACAGUUAAGUCUAGUCGCGAACAACUCUGGGGUUGGGGCACUCAUCUCGCUUUACUGGCUGAGGGAGCCGGUGUUUGUCUGCAGACAGCUUCCUGGUCAUGUGGCAUGGAUAGGGGAGCAUUAAAAAAGCAUUCUUCCUCUCCAGGCAGAAGUAGUACAGUACAUUUUACCACUUUUCCCAUUCUGCUGCAUGUAUAGAUCAGGCGUAUAUGUGGAACUUGGAACCCUAUUUGGCCCCGGGGCUGGGGGCGUACAUGACCUGCACCAUAGGUCACCAACCUUUCUAGAUCUGUGAGCACAUUUUGAAAACCCGAGAAACUGUCAUGGGCACUCAUCACACACCACUACAGCACAUGCAUGCUCCAAGGGCACUCAUAUUUCUCUCCACUGCCAGUAAUUAGGCUUGAAAGAAAUGUUUUAGCUUUUUCAAGCUUAAUGGGGAGGAAUCUUCCUAGAGAGUGCAGUUGGGGAAGGCAUGGUUAACCCUCACUCCCCAGCUGUAAUCUACAGGAAGAUCACAUGCACCUCAGCAAAAACUAGGCUUGAAAAAUGCCUUUUCUUGGAGUCAAGCCUAAUUGUAGCAGGGCAAGGGUGACUUUGAGGAACUGGUGAAUGAAGAAUUAAUCAUGUUGACCACCUACAAAUUGAGACCUACAAAUUGGUAGAUCUUACCUACAGCGGCCCGACCUUUGUACUUUGAUGUUUUGUAAAGUCAGAGAUAGCAGCAACAACAAAUCUUUAUUACUGUUGUAGACCAGCAUAAGGAGGGAGGGGUACAAUCAUUUAGAGAUAGCUUUUUGAUGAUCAAGAACAUUAAAAUGAAUCUUUUACCUAAGUAAUCCUUAUACUGUUUGCUAUUACAAUAGGGGAUGGAGUGCUAGAUCUUUCUACAAAGAAAACAAGCUUGGAACAGUCAGCAUAUGAUGGAUCUUGUUCUGAAAAUUCUGUGUCUGGGUAAGCAAAUAAGCAUUAUUUUUGUUUUGUUAAACGUAAUAAAUGGAAAUUAAAUUUUAAGCUUGAAAACAGAUUUCUUUUGUAACCGAUUUCUGUAAAAUGUUUACUGACACAUGUUUUGCUUUUGCCAAAGAGUUUCACUCAUAAUUGUGUGUUCAUAUAUAACUCAUAUGUUUCAUUUUGUGUUUUUCACAUUUUUCUGUUAAAGAAAAGUUAUCAGAACAAUCACCAAACUUUACUGAAUGCUUACAUACAUAAGGAAACUAGGCUAUUGAAGAAAAUUUAUUCUUCAUGAUUUAGAGACAAAGAAAAAUAUUUACAUUUUAAUAGUAGAAAGUUUUUUGAAGAAACAGCUAUAUUCCUUAUUGUUUCCUAAUGAAAGAGAGAGCUCUUGAUGGCCAUUCUUGCAUUUUGAUACUACCACUUGUGUCAUGCUGCUGAGAGACCCAUUUAUUAUUAGAUGUUUAAUGUGCUGAAAUGUACUAUUUACUGAAAUAAUAGUUAAAUAACAGAUAUUAUAAUUUUAGCAUCCUUCCAUCAAUAGCAGGCUCUUUUUGUCAAUUGUGCUUUUUGCAAACUUUUUUUUAAAGACUAACAGUUCAAUAGAAUUAUUCCAUGUUGUUUUAAAAUUGCUUGUUUUUUCAGAUAGUCGUGGAAAAAAAUAGAUCGUUUUAUUAGCAAUUAGGAUGUAAGAUUAGGACUUAAUUGCAAAACUGAAAAAUUAGUUGGAUGUCUUAAUAUGUUUUCUGUUAGUAGUUGCAACGAAGUUUCUAUGAGGGGGUUGACUCUUUUAUUACUUGUUUAGCGGUAACGUCACGUUUCUACUAACAAAACUCCUUUUGGAUGGGGGCAUUCAAUGGAUGUUAAAUUGUGUAAAGUUUUUAAGUGUAACUCUGCAAGCAUCUGUCAAAAGGGAAUUGCAAGCAGAUACGAAAGUUAUCAAAUACUGAGCUAGGAUUUAAAGUUCUUGGAAGGGCUGCUGUAGAAGCUGGGGUAUCAUUUUUGACACAUGGUCCUACCAGAACUGUAGCUUUUGCUAUGGUAAUCAAUAGCUACCACAUCUCAAAGACUUAAAAGUAUCAGAAGCAGUGAUGUUACCUAAGCAAGGAGUAUAAUAAAGGAGUGGACCCUUCCCUUCCAUAGCUGUGUGAGAGUCUCUCAUGCAUCAGUUCACCAUCGUUUCAUUCCAUCCAUCCAGGAGACUCCACAGACACAGAGAGGACUAUGUGGAAAGAAGUGCUGAGUUUGCAGAUGGUUUGCUCUCAAAAGCGUUGAAAGACAUUCAGUCCGGAGCACUGGACAUUAAUAAAGCAGGCAUACUUUAUGGCAUACCUCAAAAAACUUUACUUCUCCACUUAGAAGCCUUACCAGCAGGAAAGCCUGCACCCUUUAGAAACAAAACUCGACAUUUCAAUGACAGUUACUCUUACAAAGACAGUAGAGAAACUUGUGCAGUGCUGCAAAAAGUAGCCUUGUGGGCAAAAGCUCAAGCAGAGCGCACAGAAAAAAGUAAACUCACUCUACUUGAAACCUCAGAAUUAAGAUUCCCAACAGCUUCCAGUUACCUCCAUCAGUUAACUCUACAAAGAAUGGUCACUCAGUUUAAAGAAAAAAAUGAAAAUGUACAAUAUGAAACUUCAGCUCCAACAGUACAGUUAAAAAUUCCACAGCUAAGAAUCAAUGCUGUGCCCAAACAACAGCCUGAUAGUGCUGGACUUCUGGAUGUUAUGUACCAUGUUUCCAAAACCCCAUCAGUUUUAGAAGGAUCAGCUCUUCAAAAAUUGAAAAAUAUACUCCCAAAACAGAACAAAAUCGAAUGUUCUGCAUCUGUAACUCAGUCAAGUGUUGAUUCAUACUUUCUGCAUGGGGACCUCUCUCCUUUGUGUCUUAAUGCUAAGAAUGGAAUUGUUGAUGGCACCUCUGAAUCCACAGAAGAUGGUUUAGAUCGCAAGGAUAACAAACAGCCAAGGAAAAAACGUGGUCGCUACCGACAAUAUGAUCAUGAAAUAAUGGAGGAAGCUAUCACAAUGGUAAUGAGUGGAAAAAUGAGUGUUUCCAAAGCACAAGGAAUAUAUGGGGUACCUCACAGCACUUUAGAAUACAAAGUUAAAGAAAGAUCUGGAACGCUGAAGACUCCGCCGAAAAAGAAACUCCGAUUGCAAGACACUGGGUUAUUUAACAUAACGGAUUCAGGGACUGGCACCUGCAAAAAUAGCAGCAAGCCUAUAUAGUUUCAUUUGUUAGAAACCUCUGUGUGCGUGCGUGCGUGUGUGUGUGUGUGUGUGUAUGCGGCUGUGUUCAACAUACACACAUGAGAAACAGAAAAAUUCACUUAGACAGAAGACAAAUUUUACAGUUCAGAAACCACAUACAUGCCUUUUUGAAGAAUAACUUUAUUCAGGGUUUUCACUGUGGACAAAAUGAUAGAAUCGAUCACAAUUGUGAUAGUUUGUAUUUAAUAUAAUCCUUGUACAAAUAAGUGAAAAAGAUUCAGGUUUUAUUCAGUAGUCAAUAGCAUAAAAUGGAAUAACAUGUAUUUGUCAUGUGAAGCAUUUUUUUUUUUACUGAUGAAGAGUGACCCUAGCCAUUCAAUAAUCCAUCUUAUUAAGGAAAUACAUGAUUAAUACUUUGAAGACAUUUAUGCCUCAGAAUUUUUCAGAAGUUGCAAGUAGCUGAAAAUAAUACAAAUCAAGGGAAAUUUAGGGGACAGUGCUAGUUUCUUAACUUGGAAACUAAUGUGAAGUAUUAGCUGAAUAUAGAAUUUUCUAUGGAAGAGAAACUACAUAAAGGCUAAACAUCUGAUAUAGAUAAAGUUUCAUUUUAAAAAGCGUGUGUUAGGUAUAAAACUUGGUUCUUUUCAUUUUAUUGUUGGUUUAGCAAGAAAUUGGUGUUUACAAAAUAUAUACUUGUGAAAACUGACAAAUUUAGUGUAGCUAUAGAGUGAUUAACUAUUAAAUAAGAUGGAAUACUAAAGGCAUAAAAUUAACUGUUUUCCUUUAGUGUGGAAAAUAAGCUAACUUGUAAGGGUUAAAGAUGAAAGUUGGAAUGCAGAUUAGAGCAUGUUCAUAAUGUGCACAGAAUGAGCUUGAGAAUGGUUAUUUUGGUUUAAGUGUGCUGAUUAGUUAGUUGGUGUUAUGACUACUUACAUUUUAUUUAAGGAUUGUGUAACACUCCUACUGAAAAACCUCACUUGUAACAGUAAUGUAUUUGCUGCUGUGACAUUUCAAAACUUUUUACUUUAUCAAAAUGAACAUCAGGUUUUCAUUUUGGUGGGCCGAUACAUCAUCACUUUGCUAAUAACCAAAUUUACAGUUCAGGGUCUUAUAGAAUUACAGAUAUGAAACAGUGAAACUGUUUCGAAUCUUCAGUAACUAGAGAUUAUUUGUAUAUUUACUGUUUGGAAGCCGGGCAGUUCAUUUUAAAUAUAUAACUUUUCAUAGAAUCUCAGAGGACCAGUUACCUUUAGAUUACAGUUUUUUAAAUGAAUUUCAGAGUAUUCGUACUGGGCAUGAUCCUUCCCUGCAAGAAGAAUCCCUUUGUGUUCAUAGAUUUACCAUGUUCCACUUGGCUCUCCUGGUAAGCACGCAAGCAGUGCACUAAGGCAGCCUGGGAGAUGGGAUCCCUGUGUGCACCUCCAAUUUUUGCAAGCACCAGAGCUUAUGUAACUUGACCAAGUGGGGCUGUGUGAACGUCUGGGACACACGUACACAUCCAGUCCCGGAAACCAUCCACUGUGCUACCUGUGAAUUCACAUGGGCUCAGGGCGUAAGCAGAGCAACAGAGUUGCUUUUGAACCCUAUGGAAAUUCCUUAUGUGUUGGCAAUGUGCCCCCUAAGGGAAGGAUCAUAGCCACUAGAUUUUAUACUAUGUAACCUGGGUAUACUGUCAAAUCAUAUCUCAUAUUAAUGGAGACACCCAUGGCCUUUUUCAUUGAAAAACUAGAUUUUUAUGGGAAAGCUUACAAUUUUCAGACACUGUAUUUUGCCAUGCAUGUGUGACUGAACACGUUCUAAGCAACAUUUUGUGUAAGGUAAUAUUAUUUCGACUCUGUGAAUUAUACCAUCUGAAUUCACAUGCCGUUAUAUUUUAAAAGUAUGCUAUCCACCUCAGUUGGUAACAUUUCAUAAUAAACUAUUGAGAGGGGAAUCAACCCUUUCUUUUUGAUAUUUUAAAAACUGGAGUGACGAUAUAAAAUAAAGGUAACAAAACUGGCCUCUUAGUUCCGUGCUGAAUCUUCUUCAGCUCUGUUGCGUAUUAGGAAAUCUUUUCAAAGCAAAAUUCUGUAUUAGAGAAAUUAAGAGAGCAUCAAACAUCAGGUGUCCAGGUCAUCUUUCAUUUUGAAGAACUAAGCCAUAUUUUUGUCAGGAUUAAGAUGAUUGAUUUCUUGUGUCUUUCCCAGUAGAAAAAAAAAAAGAUUACAGGUUUCACUGUCUUUUCUAGAACAUUUUACUUGGAGAGCUAUUGGGACUUAGUUUACUGCUUAAUACAUGAGCUGGGAUCCUUCUUAGACACCCAUCAUUUCCAUCCUUCUCACUACAGUUCCUUGCUCCCCCUGAAAAAUGGUUCCUGAGGGUCAAGACCUUCUGGACCACUGUGUUACGUGACAUAAGAGGGGGAUUCCACUGUGAGAGGAUUUCCCACUGAUGCACGACUUCUUAGAUCUCAGCCUUUUUUUUUUUUUUUAUUUCUCAGACAAUAUUAGACUUUAGUCAGAGAUAUAUAUAUCAAAGACAUUACAGUACACUUUUAAUAUCAUUUUAAAAGGUGGCCUGACCAAAAAAGUAACAGGAUUCAUAAAAUCAGGGAUCAUUUUGCUAUUGACUUUUAACAGUGGUAGUUUUAUAUGUAAUAUUAAUUUUCAGCAUUUUAGUACUUGUAUUUAUUUUUGGUCAGAAAUAGUAUAUUAAAAUAUUUUUUGAUAGUUUGUAGAUAAUGCUCAACCUGUAUGUUUUAAAAAAGAAAUGUAAUUAUUUCUAAUGAAUGGUCUGAACCUUUGAUUAUACAACUGAGGAAAGGCAGGGAAAUGCAUAGACUCCCCUUAUCCAUCCCUAAUGUGUUCUUUUAAAAAGGUUGUUUAAGUUAUAAUUUUGAAGUACUUUUAAAUUCAGUUACCAGAUGCUACUUAGAAAUUGACAAGUCUCUGAAAAUACAUAUUUCAGCAGACUUUUAAAUGAAGGUGAAAGCAAGCCCUACAUGCUUUCUACUUAUUUGAAUGUUUCUCAAGUAUUUUAUAUUAAAAAAAAAAAAACAGUGCCUCUGUUUUUAGAACUACUGCUCAGUAAAGUUGUUUAAACCAUUUCUGGUAGCUAAUGACUAUUUUAUAUUAAAUUAAAUUGUAUAUUAACUUUAGUAAUACUGUUUUUUUAGUUGUUUACAGUACAAAUACCUGUAUUUGUGUGUUUUUUUAAAUUGCAGUAUUUCCAUUGUUGCAGUAAUUUAGUAAAACUCUGUGGCUGCCUUGAUUUUUUGACAGAUUUUGUUAAUAACUGAUUUCUAGGCAAUUAGUUCUAUUUAUGCAUAAAUCAAUUGCACUAUAAUUCAUGAAUUAUUUAUUACAAUAUUUUCUAAUGAAUUCCAUGUAUUUGUCUUGUGUUGUAAAUGUACUGUAAUUCUGUUUCCUCUUUGUGUUGUUAUAUUUCUAAAUCUGAUUGUAUGAAUUUGUUAAUGUGUUUCUAUGUUGUAAUUUUUAGUAAAGCACUUCAAUGCUUUUGCACAUAAAUUUACAAAACUGAUGUGUCAUUGAUUUGCUCAUUCAGUAAAAAGAAAAAUACUUUUAUGUUGCCUCAUUUGAUUUAAUCCAUGGGCAAGACAACAGUGGUAUAACAAGAGCAAAGUUACAAUAAGUUACAAUUGCACUUUUUACACACUUAGCACAAACAUUGACACAGGGCAGUAUUUUUCAUAUAUGGGCCACUGCCUCUUGCGCAGAUUCCAUUUAUUUAAAUGGGAUAUGUUCAGGAGAACACAUUUCCCAUGGUUAGGGAAACUGAUCAGUUCUGAUCUGCAAAUUUUACAAAUUCGUUUUCACAUUUAUAAUCAGUUUCAAUUUCCAGUAUUUCGUAAAUACCUGUAUUUUAAUUGUAGACCAGAUGAGGAAAUCCAUAUUAUUAUAACAUGCUCUUUUAAAUGCCCACUUAAAGCCAACAGAUAGCUUUUAAACUUUUCUGCACUUUGUGGUAAAAUAAAAUGCACAGGACUAGUGGUAAAUCUCAUUGCAACUUCCCCUUUAGUGUCAAAACAAAAGUAAAAUACUGUUAACUGUGUAGCCUAAUCUAUGCAUGGCAUUAUAUGUGCAGCGAGAAACAGUAUUGGAAAUUCAGUAGAGAAGCUAAGCUAUUCUAUGUAUGUAUAUGUGUCCUCAAGGUAUAUGUAUGUACUACCUCUUGUUUCCUUUUCUACAAUCUUUAUCACUGAUGGGAAUCAUACCUUCAGAUACAUUUAUAGUUUAUUUCUCUGCCAUUCUUGGUGCCCUAAUAACAUGAAGCAUGUCAUUCUUUCACAAUUAGGGGCUGACAUUUAUAUUUGAAGUGGAAAGGUCUGAGAAAUUCAUACAAACAUUUUUAAUGCAUACAUUUCCUUGCAGAGAUUAUUUACUUUGUAAAAGGGAAUGACUGGUAUCAUGCCAAUCUAAAUUAUUGUGCUUGACUAUUCAAGUUUAUAGAACACAUUCUGAAACUGAAUAUUUUGCAAGAUGACUUUUUUUCUCAUUGUAACCUGGUUGCUGGGAAGCAUGGCUUGACUUUUUCCAUGGCCUUUUCAGUAGGAGGUAAUCUUGCACAUACUGUACUAGUAAUUGUGCAAAUGGAUAGUUUUAAGGGAAGAACUGUAGGGGGGGGUAAACAAGUGUUUCUAAAUCCUGUUACCCAGGAUAAUGGGGGUGAAGGAGCUCCCCCCUUAUUUUUGCUAAAUUAAGCCUGAUUGCAAUAUCUACAUUGCCUGAACACGGGUCUUCUAUAACCCAGUGCAAAACUUGGGUUUUUAUUAUAUCAGUUGCUUACUGACCUCUAGAGAUCGUCUCCAUUCAUAGAUGGAUAGACUAUGGCUGCUGAAGGGAUUUAAAGUCCCAUCUAAAUCAGUGAAAAGUCAGAGUGAGACUUUUAUAUAUGAUCAAUAACAGGAAGUUUUAUUUUUUCUGUGUCACACUUACAUGAUAUGAAGUCAAUGGUACCAAACCCACUUUGCACCACCAACACUAUAAUUGAUGCACUACAGUUGCACAUAAACAUAAAUGAACUUCGAUUGUAAAGAUUUAGCUUAUUGGUCCUUUUAGGCCACCGUUGCAUAACCUGACCAGCAGUGGUUUUCCAAAGUCUCAAAUGGAGGUCUUUUCCAGCCCUACAGCCUCAGUUAUUUUAGCUAAAGACAUAAAAUAUUGUAUUUUAUGUACGCUUCUAGGCAUGUUCUCUAUCAAUGGGCUUUGGGUCUUCCUUUCUUUGGGACUACUUCACAAUCGUUAUUCAGAGCUACCUGAGCCAUCAAAAGAAUACUCUAUACUCUUGGUAACCUAGGAGCACUUGACAUGUAAAUUUGGAGCUUUUAAUCUGGUAACAGGGACUGGAAUAGUGUAAAUCUAGAGAAAUUCUAUAUUAUUUUUAGACAAGAGCAAGACUAUGCUUUACAACUUCUGAAUCAACAGCAGUACUAAUGCUACAUGUGAUCUGAUAAAGUAUAUCUUAAAAAAAACAUUUUCUGCAAUUCUAUAAGGUUAAAGCUAUAAACACUAAAUAUUUUAGAAAAGAAAAAUGGACAGCUAGUGUCAUGUUCAGAGUUUGGUGAUAUGUUUGAAUAUACAUACUUUUCUGAAACAGAAUUAUAUUAAUAUAAGUUAACUUCUCUGAAUCAGUACUUUUUAAAAUAUUGAUAGAUGUUAAUGAUUGAGGAAUGUUGUUCUUAGAUCUGUAUUUACUUUCUGCUAUGAGCUAUUAGCUUUUCAGUUUGAAUUAAUCAUUAGGUAAGUAGUAACAGUUUUAAAUAUUAUGUAGUUAGAGAAAAUAUUUAACUGGUUAUUUUAGUUGAAGCCCUAUUUACAUCCAUAUAGAUUUACUCUAAACUAUAAAAACUACAUUGAUUUCCAUAGAUAGAUAGACUUGUCCUAUAAAUUGAAAUAUAUGUGCACUUGGUUCCUUUUCAUUGACUCAGUUGUACAGUGACUUUAAAAAUGGUACCCACUACACACAGUUGUCAUGUUGUGGGCACCCAUAAGGGCUUUCCCAUUUAUUUAAAUGAAGGACAACAUAGUUCUAUAAGAGCAAGAGUUGACUCUGCCCUUGAAAGGAAUGAGGAAAACCAUUCAUGUAAAGUUUUGAGUGAACUAAAGCAAGACAGGGUCCAAAUUCAUAUAUGCAAUGCAGAUUUUAAAAGAAAAGCCAGCAUUUUUAGAACAAUACCUUCAGUGGGUGGUUAAAUAUCCAACAUUACACAGUAUCCAUUCAAUUUUAUUUUAUUUAUUUUUUUAUGUUUAGCAGACUGCUGCCUGUUUAGAAAGAGAUUGGAAAUAGUCUGGCCCAAGUAAAACUUUUUUAAAUAAUACUGAUUUCUUAAAUUCAAGAUAUAAAAGGAACUACUACAUUUCUCAUUUAACUGGUAACUUAACCUAAAUAAGCAUCAAAUGAAAUUUAAUAUCAGUGUUUCACUUCCAGAACACAUUUUUUUCAGAGUAAGGGUUGCUUACCAAAUGGCUAAUUUCCUGUAUGGAAAUAUGACAUUCUUGUAGGAAGUUCAUUACAUCUUGAAUAUAUUAUUAUUAUUUAUUGAAUUUAUAUACCACCCUAUACCCGGAGGUCUCAGGGUGGUUCACAGAACAAAAUCAAAAUAUAAAACCACAAAAUAUAUAAUCAAAAUAAAAACAAAUACACAGUCAUGUCUGAUAAAUUCAAAUGUGUAUGUUUUGCUCCAUGCACUAGUAGGGGAAACCAUCAACCAACUGAGGGUUUUUUCCCUGCGCUGUGUGCUUUUUGAAUAUAAAUUCAAAAUGUACUUUUAGAACUCACGGAAUUUGCUAUUAAGACAUGAUAUUUGUAUUAGAAAUUGGCCAUGUGUGAAGCGGCCCAGAGUCCUAUUGAUUUAAAUGUAAUUUACUCAUAGUUAAAAUGUGAUUAGUAUGACAACCAUAUCGUGACUAUUGUUUAAAUUAAAAUAUUAUCUCACUGGAGUAAAUGAAGGCUUAUUAUUUCUGUGGUUAGACUAUUUUAUGGAAGGUGCAGUUGCAUAUUUUAUAUUGGAGAAUCUAUCUGACUAAAAAAUAAUUUAAUAGCCAAGCUUGAGUUUUUCUUGCUGUUGUAGCACAUAAUGUUAGCAGAUUCAUUAAUGUUGUAUGUGUUCCAUACAAUGUAUAUGCAGAACCUCAGGGGAACUGUAACUUUUGAAAUAAGAGUUUUGGUACCUUAUCAGAAUUAAUCUUCAGUCAUAUUGUGCCAUAUUUAACUGCAAUUUCCUUUUUGUUUUGAUCUGCUUUUCGUUUUCAGUUCAAGUGCAACAGAUGAUGCAAAAUCAGAGGAAACAUCUAAAUUGGAAAGAGGAAAUUCUGCUCUAAGCAAGGUUUUGGAAUCGUUAUGCUCUUAUCACGGGCAUCAGAUUUUAGCUAUGUUGAAAUUUUUAAUCCAAGAAUCAUGUAUUGAUUCUGUUGGCAGUUGCCAACUGCCGCAAACUAUACAUUCAAAAGCAUCUGAAGAUGAUGUGCACAUUCCAGUCUGCAGUUGUGAUGGCAACAUGCAAAUGAAAAGGUGCUGUUUACAAAAUCAAAGACCAAAUACUUGUUUGCCACCUCUGUCAGUCUCUGUGAAAGACUUAGAUCGUUUGUCGUGCCAGUCUGUGACUGUUGGAUAUGUUAACACAGUGGUAAACAAAGGGAAUCCUGUGCCUUCUAGUCCUCCUAGGUGCUGCCUCAAACAGUUAAAGGAGUCUAAGAGCCACGCGGCAAGAACAGCACUUUGUACAAAUCUCGUUUCAGCAGGGCAAAAGAUUAACAAAGCUAGCAGAGGCCACAGCCCUUCGCCACCUACAUUAUCACCUGUGGAAGCUGAUGAAUAUGAUUAUUUGGAGGAAUCAGUUGAAGGAUCUCUAAAUAGACUUGAAAUGAAUCGUAAUCAGCCUCCUUCCCUGUCGCGAGCUGAAAGAAGUUGUUCUGUGUGUGAACCGAAAAAUAGAUUAUGCAUUGCAGAAGUGGCCGGUAACGUGGAUAAGACUUUUCUAAGUGCAAAUCAAGAAACUAGCCUUAUAAAUUCUGAUAAGCUUGAAAAAGUUGAAAAUGCUGCCGCCUUUCAGGACUUAAUGGAUCGAAUUAAUGAGAAAUUAAAAUCAAUUGAAACUACUGAUACAGCAAAUCUUGCAAAAUUAUCUAAGAGUGAUGGGAGAACAGAAUCUGAUAUUAAAUUACAGAGCUUCAUAACCUCUCUCUUACAUGAUGCUAAGGCAAAUGAUUAUAAUUUUAUGGAGUUGUUGAGCCAGCAUGACAAAGAAGCAGAAAAUAAAAUUAUCCAAACACGAUUUCGCAAACGGCAAGAAACCUUAUUUGCACUGCAUAAUUCCCCUGAUUCAUCACUGUUUAAAAGACAAUCGUUGCAAAUUAAGAGAGAGAUAGCCAGUCUGGAUGAAACCUUCAUAAGGAAAAAGGCAAAUUCAAAAAGAAAUGUGAAAAAAAAAUACAAACUAUCACCAAACAAAAAUGAAAAUCAUAGCACAUCAAAAGAUCAUUCUUUACAAAUUAAUGAAAAUAAAUAUCAGCUAUUUUCUCCCAUUAAAUCAAAGUCUUUGCCAAUAGGUCAAGAAGAGACAGUAGAACUACUUCUGAAUAAUUCAGAGACCAAUUCUGGUUUAGUAGCAUUUUCAGAAAAUACUUCUACAGCAUCCCAAAGCCGCUUGGCUAAAAUACAUGGAAAUUGUGAACUACAUAUGGAUCCAGUCUCUGUGAAGGGAGAUGAUGAUAGGAUGUUGGACAGGACCAAACAUAAUGUUAUUCCUCCUGUGUGGUGCUCUGUGUAUGUGACAAACAAUUUUUUAUUUCAAAAAUCCUCAAACGGGAAAAAACCUAACUGCAUGGAAAGAGAAAAAAUGCUCAAAGAUUUACAGGCCCAAACGUGCAGCAACGAAGAUAUAAAUAAGAUUGUACGAAACACAAAUCUACAUGUUGUUGUAGAGCGUUUGGAAGAUACAAUAAAUAUGGCUCAAAAGACUAAAAAGCCAUUGUUUAAUAGUUACAAAAUAUCCAGCAAACUGAAAGAUACGCACAAGUAUGAAGCCAACAAUAAUGCUAAAAAUGGUCUUCUUAUUAGCAUGAGUGAAAGUGGAAGUACGGGACAAUAUGUACUGUCACAAGCUCAUGCUCCAUGUAGCAAUAAUAGCAAACAGGAAUGUCUGCCAACAAAAGAAGAAAAAGUGUCUGAUGAAGGAUAUAAAAGCCUUUUGAAAUCAUCAGCAUUCAAUUCAGAUACGUUGACUUACCAUAAUGAGGACUUGCAAUCAAGUUCUGAUGUGGGAGAUAAUUCUCCAGCACUAAAUUACACUAGUCCUAUAAAACUUAUGUUCCUUUCAGAGAUUAAUAGUAGCGAAGGAGUGAAAUACACGCUAACCUCUGUAAAUGAUUCCGCUAAAUUAAACAUUGACCUUUAUUCUCUUCAGCGGAAAACAAGUUUGCUGGCAGAAAAACAAUUGGAAGCUGCGGAUCCUGGUAAAACUGUUUCUCUUGAAAACAGCCCUAAAAAUGAAGUAAAUCCUGUUUUUCCUACAGUAAUUGCUCAUGAAACAAACAUUGGUGAGCAUAAGCCAAAUGAAAACCCUGUAGAACAAAGUGGCAAUGGAUCCUCUCUGAAAAGAAAACCGGGCCGACCAAAAAAAUUAGGUCCUCAAGUUGUGAAGCAGAUUAAGCGUCCAAUUGGCCGACCGCCAAAGCCUAAGGUAGAUGCUGAAAAUGCCAAUAAUAUAAGUGAUUCCAUCAGUGCUAGGGAAAAAAGCGUGAGCUCCAAUGCAGAUGUUCUAGAGGACAAUAAUAUUAACAAGAACAUUACUGUGACAGUUGUCUUUGGAAGGUCACGAAGGACUAAGAGGUGCGUUUCUGAAAGUAGCCUAAAUGUAGUCAGUUUGGUACCAAGUCCUCACAAUCAUGUUGUAUGUGAAUCUGAUCAAGUGAAGCAGAACUCAGAAACAAGGAAUAGUUUGCCAAAAAACAGAAGUAUGCAAAACUCUACUGAACGCAAGACCUCUGCAUCUGGCUAUGAAUAUGUUAGACCUUUAGAGAGCAGCCCAGUUCUACCAACCCAUUGCAGCAAUAUCGUAAGACCAAAACAGAAGCCUUUAAAUAUAAUUAGAAAACCUGGUAGACCAGCAAAGGUAAAAAUAUCUGGCAUAUCAGUGACUGUUAACCAGAUUUCAUCUCAGGAAAGAAUAGUGAGUAUUAACAGCUGCCUGCCUCCUUUAGAACAAGAGACUGUGUUAGAAAAACAUGGGUCUCCUAAGAAGGUUGAUCAACAAUGCAAUAAGUUGGAUGUUUCAAAAGGCUAUUGGAAUGAUAAAAGUAAGGAUUUUUCGGAUGAAAUUAUUACAAUAGCACCAAGUAAACCUGAAAUCCCUUUGAGACAAUCUCUUAGAGAUAGAAGACCAUCGCUGCCUUUCUUACAGUCCUUAGCAUCCUCUAACUCACUGUCUUGUAGACGUGCCUUUCUACACAAAUCCUAUAAGCUCUGUUUGAAAAAUGCUAAGAAUCAAAAAAUAAAACAGUCAAACAUGGCACCCAAAGAUACCUCAGGAAAUAAGGCCCCAGAAAAAGCAAAAAAAAGUUCAGAGAAUAAUAAGUUUAGAUUUGUUAAUGAAAUGUCAUCAGAUCCCACCAUUUCAUCAAAUUCUUCCCUCAGAUGGUGGGAUCCUUCCAUUUCUAAUGAUUCCUUGUUAAAAGAACUAAAUAGUAGAUAUGAACAGAUAACAAAUACUUGGUUGCACGUGAACGGAGAAGAAUUUGAAAAAUGUCUCUAUGAUGAGCGGUGUCAUAUUGAACAAGACUAUAGCAUUAAAGUAUCAAAGCCUUUGGAUUCCUGCGUGUUACAGCUUGAAAACUCUCCUAUAAAAAUGCUUUUCCAGAAAAAGUGUAAUAUAGAUGAACUGUGCACAUGGUUUAUGCAAACUACGGAAACGCAGUCACUGGCAUUAGUGAGAAAGGCGAAUGCUCGCAAUCCUGUUGAAGUAAUCAGUACACGACAAUUUAAAAUUGGAACAAGACAAUGCGAUUGUAAUACUAGUCCUUUGAGAAAGCACUUUAAAAAAUUUGCACUAUCCACGCCAUCAAAAUCAGCGGGAAAGAUACAAAUCCUCCAUAAAAUAGUCAGGUCUCGAGUCUUAAAGAGGAAACGUAACUUCACUUUAGCGAAAUUACGAAGAACCAAAUUUGAGAAUUUGCAGCAUGAUCGGUGGAGACAAGUGAAAAAGCUGUAUAAUCAUGGAACAAGUGACUGGAAAUCGAAAAAGCAGCAUUUGCGAUUCUUCUGCCAAAGCCAGUGUUUUGCUAACACAAGUCAGGAAAUUAACAACAAAACGAGCACAAGCCACGAGAAUGGUACAGUAGACACUAAAUCGCCCGCAAUUCUUGUAGACUCUCCGAGAAUCACUUCAACUGGAAAUGAAACCACAGGUGCAUUUUAUCAACAGAAAGCACAAUUGACAGACCUCAGCACAAAGCCUGGCUUGACAAAUAAUUGUAGACCAAGCGCACAAUCCGUAGAUCACAACCAAAAAAAUAUCGGGAAAGCACAUGCCUUUGGUGAAGAUGACUGGAAAGACAAAACCUUUAAGGAUUGUAGAAUAUUUUUGAAGAAAAUCAACCCGGCUGAAGAACAGCAUUCUUUCAGUAGCACUGUUGUUUGCACUCCGGAAUCUGUAGAUCGUAGUGCCAGUCACGGCUACUUUCAGGGGAAAAGGCACUGUACUUUAAGGUCCCACUCUGCUAAGCAGAGAACGUCUGACAGAUGUGAAAAGGAUGCUGAGGAAGCUAAGAAUUUCAGCUUGGUUAAAGACCUGCAUAUUGAGCAAGACUGCAAGAAACCAAGCAAGCGUGUCACUUUUGAAGAUGGUUCUGCUGAGGUCCCUAAGAAAACAAGCAAGAGGAGGAGGACGCAGUACAAACUCACCAACCUGAAUAUCAGAGAAAGGAAUACGAGGCAAUUAUGCAGCCCUGGCCAAGUAUCAAGUUGUUACUCAAAGUACCAACUGGGUAAGUUUUAUUUCAUCUCCCCCUCACCCCUAUACAAAAUCUGUAUUAACUUUCCAUUAAAAUGAGACAAAUGAGAAUGCUCAGUACAGAGAGCAUUCUUAUUAUUUUUACAAAAGUCAGGAAUCUACCAUUUUAAACGAUGCAAUGCUAAAAGUGUUUAGCAUUGCUUAAUGUUUUGCUGUAUAAAAUUGAAUUUCCCAUAUGCUUUGAGAGUACAAUAUUUUCAAGCAGGAAUUCCCAAACUGGUCUGCAGAUUACAAGCUUCAUUGAGGUGGUCCGCAUUCUGUCUGUGGAUUUGUGGUUGAAGGAUGGGAGAUGGCCUAUCCGUCACCUUAAAUAUACUGAUUUAUAAUUGUGUUAAUUGCUUCUUUUAUUUCUUCAAUUGUAUUCUUAUUGCGUUGCAAUUUGAAUUCUGUGGAAUAUAAUAAAAAUACAAUAUAUAAGUAAUAUAAGAAGCAUUACUAAUGCAAUUACUAACCAUACAACAUCUGACACACUGCAGUUGAAAUGCUACAACAGGCAGGAAAAGCAUUGAGUGGUUUGCCAAGACCCUCUGCAAUUUUCAAGUUGGAUGUUUUAAAGCAUUUUGAGCACAGUCUUGAAAAAGUUAGGCAUAUACUAAAUUCUGCUUCCUGUCAAUAAAGUUUAAAGCACACAGUCUUCCUGAACCAGGAAGCUUGAUGUAUGUGCAGCAAUGAGACUUCCUUACACAGAUACUAUGGGAAAAGCAUCCACUGGGAUACAACUAUAUCCCCUCCCUACGCUGAUAGAGCCCAGUAUUAUGAAAAUAGACUGCUGACCACUUUAGCAGCUGUGCAUGUCCAUUAUUGGAAAAAGCAGGGCACACACCAAGUACUACUUGGUGUAAUAGUCUAAGGAAUCUGAAUUCAGACAGAGAACUAACAGUACAGAGCUGAAAUCUUUUCAUUAUAAAGGCAUAAUUAGAAAAGAAGGUUGGGUGUGUAAUUAAAAAUAACAUUUAAUAUGGGUAUAUAAGAAACCAAAGAAGAUAAAAUUUAAAUCUUGACUAAUUGGGGGGGGGGGGGCUAGUUUCCAGUUAUUCAGAAUCAGAAUGGCAAAUUGUAAAUUGCAGGGAGGGGAGACACAACCAAAUUAUAUUUAAAAAUGCAGAAUUGUGCUAAAUUGGGGAAGAGGCUAAAAUGUUUAAUUGCUUAGCUUAUGUCCCUUUUCAUUUAUCUGUAUUAUUUCCAAGCCUAUAUAAACAUACUGGGUGGGGGGCGGUGGAGGGAUAACAUGCAUAUUUUGAUUUCUUGAGGACUCUAUCUUGAAUGUGUCCUUAUGCAAUCAUUUUGAACCACACUGGUGGGGGGGGGGUUAGGUAAAUGAACUGUCUAUAGCAUGAAGUCAUUGUUAUAAAAUGAGCUGCCCAUUUUUAUAUUAAUGUAUGUAUAAAGAGCUCUCUCAUGGCUGCCAGUUUUCUUGGUAGGCUAGAGUUUGCCAGAUUGCAAACCCCCCCACCAAAUCUUGCCUGUUUAUUUAAAUCCUAAAACAGGACUGCUGCAAUUUCUGCCCCUCAACGCCCAUCCUCUUUACCUAUUACAGCAGCUAUGGGGAAAAUGAAGGCACCAGGAAUGAGGCAAAACGAUAUUGUAGCCACAUACUCUGCAUUUAAAGGGGCCGGCAGGACCUCAUGUUGUAAUCUGGCAACUUUAGAUAUAUAUAUUCUUGUGGUGGGGUGGAAAUUCAAAUUACAUAGAAAGCACAGGUGUGUUAAAAUUGGCAGCGGCAACAAAAUUCUGCUUACUAUAAUAGCUACUUUUUCAGGCAUAGCUUUGUGAUAUCCUUUUUAAGAAAAAGAAACUGAUAACUUUUUCUAAUGUCUUUCAUUAUUUCACUUGAGACUUCUGUUGUGUUGUUUUUGUUCUUUCUCUGUUGUUCAUGGUUUUCCAUACUUACUAGCAUGUAAAGGAAACAAACCAUUGCUCGCCGGACAGUGCUGUAACCAGAGCAGACAUCAUGUCAAAUCUGCCUCCAUUUGUAAUCCAAAGCUCUGAUGGUAUUAAUUUUAGGCACUUAAUUAGAUUCCACGUGCCAUCUUCUAAUGACCGUAAGAAAAUGCCUCACUUUAAAGUACAUAGUCCUGUAUUUAGAAUAUUCAUGCUCUUUCCAGUAUUAUUAUUUUUCAAGUACUGAAUCGGUGAAUAAUAAAACUAAUUCAGAACCAAGCAACAAUUCUGAAACAAUUAAAUAUUCAAUAAAACCCCAUAUUACAAUUACCAAGACCAGGAAUCAUUGAACUUGCAUCAGAGGCCCAGGGAAAUGAGAGUAAUUAGAUAGGCUUUAACAGCUGGCAGAAGCUCUCCAGAAGCCAUAUCUCGGUGGGGAACUUAUUCCACAGACUGAGAGGUCACAUAGAGAAGACCCUCCUCCAAGUUGCCACAAAUGAAGGUCUGUAGGCAGUGGCAUAGUUAAUAAGGCCUCCUCUGAACAUAUUAAUCAAUGGGCAGAAUGGGAGAAUGACAUAGAUGUACAAUGGCAUUAAUGUGAAACUUCAGUAAUACAACUUAAAGUACCUGUAUUGCAGUGCCAAAGUUCUAGUAUCAAAUUUUCACCAACUGUUUCAUGCAGUGGUACUUUUAGGAAAGGGGAGUGUUUUGGUGCAAUUAUUUUUCAGGGCACCUGUAUCCUGUAUUUUUGAACAGUUUAUUGCUGCUAUGCAAUUAAUGUCUGUUUUUUAUAAGGAAUUAACAAUGCAAGCCUCUAUAUUUUUUACUUAAAAGUAAUUCUCAUUGAACUCAAUGACCUCUGAAUUGCCAUUCUGCUUCAUUUGAUGACCCCAUGUUCCAGUAUUAUCUAUUUUCUUCACCCCAUGUAUAAAGAAAGCUAUAAAGCCCUUCUCGUUAUCCUUUACUCGCCUUAUUAAAACUAGAAAGGGCCAAAUGUAAAUAACCUUUCCGCAUAGAAGUGUUUGUUCCAGCCCCCUGAUCAUUUCGGGUGCCCUUUUCUGCACCUUUUCCAGCUCUACAAUAUUCUUUUAGAGAUGCAGCUGCCAGAACUAUAUCCAGUAUUUUGAAGGUGAGUGCACCAUUGAUUUGUUUAAAGAUAUGACAUUGUUAGCAGUUUUAUUUCUAAACCCUUUUCUAAUGAUCCCUAGCAUAUGGAAUUUACAUUUUUCAGGGCUGCUCAACCUUUUCAUUCAGCUGCCCACCACACCCCCAAGAGCUGUUUCUCAGUUCAGAUCUUGUCAGUGUGCAUCAUGUUAAACUUAUUUACAAUGAAUUGCCUUUGCUGUAUUAAUGCCCAUUCAUUCUGUUUGGAUAGCUCUUUUUGGAUAGAUCUUUCUGGAGCUUGAAAAUCCCCUUUCAUCUUUACCACCCCAAAUAAUUUGGUGUUUUCAGGAAAUGUCAUCAUCUCACCUAACUAGAUAAUCUGGGUCCGGGUGGUGCUGUGGGUUAAACCACAGAGCCUAGGACUUGCCGAUCAGAAGGUCAGCAGUUUGAAUCCCCGCGACGGGGUGAGCUCCCGUUGCUCGGUCCCUGCUCCUGCCAACCUAGCAGUUCGAAAGCACGUCAUAGUGCAAGUAGAUAAAUAGGUAUCGCUCUGGCGGGAAGGUAAACGGCGUUUCUGUGUGCUGCUCUGGUUCGCCAGAAGUGGCUUAGUCAUGCUGGCCACAUGACCCGGAAGUUGUACGCCGGCUCCCUCGGCCAAUAAAGCGAGAUGAGCGCCGCAACUCCAGAGUCCAGCCACGACUGGACCUAAUGGUCAGGGGUCCCUUUACCUUUACUAUAGCUCCUGAGCGAACCCAACUUCUCUCUCCAAUGUGAGGACUGAACAUUUAUUCCUACUCUUUUGCUUCCUGUUCUUUAUCCAGCUACUGUUUCAUCCGACGACUUGCCCUCUUGUCACAUUGGGGUCACAAAGGAGUCUUUGAGGAGGAACUAUCAAAAGAGUAUUCAAAGUCCAAGUUCAUAGUCUGUAUGGUAUUGUCCCUGUCCACAUGCUAAAUGACAUCUUCUUUCCUGGAUCUCUUUUAAAAAUGUAUGUUACAUUUGGCCAUUUUCCAGUCUUCAGGUAUGGAGCUGGUAUUUUAGGGAAAUGUUGCAUAGUUUUGUUAGCAGACCAGCAAUAAUAAAAUUUGAGUUCUUGAAAAAAACUCAGGAGGGAUACCAUUUGCACCAGGUGAAUAGUUAAUUUUUAAUGGGCCAAUAAGAUCUAGAACUCCUCAUUGCCACUAAUUGUCUUAUUUUAAUUUUAUUAUUUUUAUUAAAUUUGUAUACCACCCUUCAUCUGUAGAUGCAUAUAGAUCUCAGCCUUAGCUGUUCACACUAUCUUUGUGAACAUACCAGUUUGGACCUGGUGCUGUUGUACAUCUUCCACAGUGAAGACGUACACAAAGAGUCAAUUCAGUCUCUCUGCAGUCUCUUUUUCUUCUUUCGGCACCCCUUUCACUCCCUUGUUAUCCAGCGGUCCAACCACCUUUGUGGCUGGUUUCCUAGUUCUGAUGGUAGUUAACUACAUUUUCUUAAUGUUUUUAGCAAUAUGCUGCUCAGAUUCUUCUUUCGGCUCUCUUGUUUGCCUGCAUUUCUCUUGCCAGUGUUUGUGUUCCUUUUUUGUCUUCCUAUGGGCAAGGAUUCCAUCUUCUGAAGGAAGGCUUCUGUAAUAGCUUCCUUGAUUCUGCUCAUUAACCACACUGACAUCCUGACAUCCUCAAGGAUUUGAUGCUACCGUUCCUGAUCUCUGUGAGCUUCUAUUCUUGCAGUUUUGAGCAGUUGUUUUGGAAAGAGUUAGUUAACACUUUUGAAGGUGCCUUUCAACUUCGUUUUUACCAAUCUCCCCCUUUUACCAUUUACCAAUCUGCUCCCUAAAUCUCUAGCAAAUAAAACAAGUCUUAGCCUCCUCCCUGACUCCCAUCUCCUACAAGAUAUCUGGAGUAUGGCUGGGCGAUAUAUCAAUAUAUCAUCCAACACCGGUUUGAAAUUCACAUCUUGAUAAUUGUUUCAUAAUAUUUGAGCUGGCAAUAUAUCAUGAAUCACAAUGUGUGUAAGGGUUAGGCGAUAUCUGGUUUUCAACAUCGUGGUAGCUCACCAGCUAAACACUGCAAUGUUAUCACCAGCUAAUUAUUGCAGUCUACCACAAUGUCUGAAAUAAGGAAGGAACUACACAGAGGCAAACAGGACAAUGUCCUGGCAACUGCUGCUUCUUAAGGGUCUAAAACAGAUAAAUGACAAUAUUAUCAAUCAUCACACACUCAGUUUCAUCAGCAGGCAAGCCAAAACGCAUCGAAACAGGACUUUUGGUUUUGGGCUUGGCUACCAAAUGGUGGUAUUCAGGACAAUUGAAAGUACGGCGAGAAGUCAUAGUGAAUACAAAUAAUCUGGGACUGCCAGCAGGCCUGCUGGGAGGCAGAAACAGCAGUGGCAGAAACAGCUUGCCCUGACCACAGUACGUGUUGAUAGUAGCGGCGACAACCUGCAAGGCCUCAUGGUGGCAGCACAAUCAGUGGUGGCCUGUGAGUCCUCAUGGCUUCUGCCACCGUUUCCUGCCACCACUGCCAUGAUGAUGCUUCGCAGGCUGAUUAUUGUGCCCAGGCUGCCAGUGCUUCUGCCAUUGCCAGGCUGCUGCCGUUUGGGCUGCCUUGUAGGCCUGCUCGCAGUCCCAGAUCAUUUGUAUUCACUGUCAUCAUUUAUCAGUUUUAGACCCAGAAUAUUGGGUCAGAUAUUGGCCAGAAUAAAAGACGUACCCGCAAAUAAGCCGCAGCUUUAAAAUUCAAGGCUUAUUUGUGGGUGCGGUCCAUCUCCUGGCACUACUGCCCUGAACUGGGGGCGGCCAGCGCUGGCGGUUGGUUCCAAGCAUGCUGCGCACCUGCUUCCUGACACUACCGCCUCCUGGCACUGCCUCCCCAGGCUGGUGCCAGGGGAGGCUUGGGAGUAGCGGGCAGGCUAUGUGCCAUUGCCCCAUGCACCCGGGCUGCUUCCAGGGUGGGGGGAGCCGCGCCGCAUUGCCAGUAGCCUCCCUCCCUUCCUUAUGGUGGCUUGGGAGAGGCGGUCAGGAUGGUCCUGCCCCCCCCGACGGCCCUCAUGGCCAGCUGUUUCAGCAGUGACACCAUAAGGUUGCAGAUAUAAGCCACACUUGUAACUUUUCACAAUUGGAAAAAUGUGGCUUCUAUUCGGGCCAAUAUCGUAGUUCCUUCCUAGCUUCAGAUAUCGUGAUAUAUUGCGAUGUUUAGCUGGUGAUAUAUUGCGAUACAGUGGUACCUCGCAAGACGAAUGCCUCGCAAGACAAAAAACUCGCUAGACGAAAGGGUUUUUUGUUUUUUGAGCUGCUUCACAAGACGAUUUUCCCUAUGGGCUUGCUUCGCAAGACGGAAACGUCUUGCAAGUUUGUUUCCUUUUUCUUAACACCGUUAAUACAGUUGCGACUUGACUUCGAGGAGCAACUCAUAGAACGCGGUGUGGUAGCCUUUUUGAGGUUUUUAAAGACUUUGGUGAUUUUUGAAGCUUUUCCAAAACUUUCCCGACACCGUGCUUCGCAAGACGAAAAAAAUCGCAAGACGACAAAACUCGCGGAACGAAUUAAUUUCGUCUUGCGAGGCACCACUGUAUUGAAAACCAUUUAUCGCCCAGCCCUAAUCUGGAGUUUAUCUGCUAUGAAAUAUCACACAUUUUAUGCCAGCAGACCUGACACCUGCACCUGCCAGUUGCCCAAGUAACCAAUGGUGCUUUGGGUGUGGACUUGCCACCAGCCACCCUUUCCUAUUAUGUUUAACUGCUUUCUGCCACCGUCCUCUGAUGUGAAUUAGAGAAGCAGAAGGACUGAUAGGUCAAUGCUUAAUCUGAGACCAAAAUGUUAAUAAAUUGUGCAGAUUAGUUGAUUAAUCAAUUCAUUAGGGUUGGGGGGAGGUGUUACUGUCCUGUACCAAAAGCAUUGCUAUAGUUGUUCAUUCAUUUUUAUUUCUUUAAGAAAGAAGUAACACAUAAAAACAAAACAGCAGAGUGGCAAUGCAAAACACUAUAGCUCAGUCUUUAAAAAAUACCCGCAAAUACUGAUAAAUUGCUGAUGAGUACAAUAUCAGCAAAUCUAGUCUUCUGCAAACCUGUUUAUAAGACAUUAAAAAUAAAAUAGCAAUAGGUACUUCAAAAUGCACUGCUGCCUGCAGCAAGUAUAGUCAACUAAAAUGGACACGAUCCGCACCCAAAUGUGUGCCACCUGAAAGCACUGCUGCUGACACACCUGGAGAGGAGCUAGGUUUUCCUUCUCACUGCACCCCUUAACAUGGUGUCUCUCUGGAGGGGGAGAAGCUGGAGAGCACAAAUGCACCAUUUGUUCCAGUUACAGCUUUUUUCCAAAUGCUAUUUUCCACGAGGGGGAGAGGGUUCCUCCUAAUAUUAUUUAUUAUUUGUUUAUCCUGUUCCUCCUAAUUUUUUUUUUAAAAACCUACAGCAUGACUGCUUGUCACAUUGUUAAUGUAACAUGCAUUAGAAUCCCAGCUCAUAUGCAAAGUUUUAGAUAAGACUUGCAAAAGAAAGCUACAGGCAUCCCUAACUGGAUUAUUUGCCUUGUCUACUGUUUCUCUUUUCAUCUCAUUCUCUUUUUAUUUUUUUUCUCAUUCUGUUUUUUGUUAGCUGGGGGCUUGAAUCUGCCCCGGAUGCUCUUGCUGAAUUGGGGACAAAAAUCCUUUUCAAAAGUUCAAAUGCCAGUUAUUUUUCUGGAUAAAAGCAAUUGGCCUUAUUUCAAAUACAUUAGCUUUGAGAGUGAAAUAUUGGAACUUACCGUAUUUUUCGCUCUAUAAGACGCACCAGACCAUAAGAUGCACCUAGUUUUGGAGGAGGAAAACAAGAAAAAAAAUAUUCUGAAUCUCAGAAGCCAGAACAGCAAGAGGGAUCGCUGCGCAGUGAAAGCAGCAAUCCCUUUUCCUGUUCUGGCUUCUGGGAUAGCUGCGCAGCCUGCAUUCGCUCCAUAAGACACACACACAUUUCCCCUUACUUUUUAGGAGGGAAAGUGAGUCUUAUAGAGCAAAAAAUGUGGUACUUAAGAUGAGAUCCUAAAACAAACACUGGUUGUAUAUUAAGAUGAAAUACUAAAACUACAUAAUUUCUGUUAACACUGAUACCCUUUUUAGGGGGACUAAAUAGGCUACAUACAAAAUGUGGAAAGGGAACAAUCAAGCCAAAGUUACUCAGCGGGGCAGUAUAAUCACAGAAUUGUAGGGACCGUGAGGGUCAUCUAGUCCAACCUCCUGCAACACAGGAAUCUUGCUCAACAUAGGGCUUGAGCCCAUGACCUUGAGAUUAAGAGUCUCGUGCUCUACCAACUGAGCCAUGUUAGUAAAUCCAUAGGAUUUUGAAAUGCUUACUUUUAGCGAUACAAUGCCCUGAAUUUUGCCUAUCUAAACUAGGAGCAGAUUUGAUGUCUAUUUAACUGGUCACCAUACAUUGAUCUGUGUAGCUAAAGACCUCCAGAAUUCAGCUCCAGAUGUGCAUGGGCAUGUACAGUGGUACCUCGGGUUAAGAACUUAAUUCGUUCUGGAGGUCUGUUCUUAACCUGAAGCACCACUUUAGCUAAUGGGGCCUCCUGCUGCCACCACACCACCAGAGCACGAUUUCUGUUCUCAUCCUGAAGCAAAGUUCUUAACCCAAGGUACUAUUUCUGGGUUAGCGGAGUCUGUAACCUGAAGCGUAUGUAACCCGAGGUACCACUGUACAAAUGGGAAGGCAGGUUUAUCGGAAGUGGAGGAAGAACUGUGACUUGAAAAGUUUGCUUUCUUAAUUUUGGUAGUCAGCGCUGUGAUUUUUGUGGCUUACCUUACGGGCAAUGAAGCCUGAUAAAAUGUUCAAAAAUGGAUUAGUGGACAAAGAUGUUAUUAAGGUGAAUUUAGGGGCUACCACAGCUGAUGCUCAGGGAAGACGCUUCUCUGUUCGUCAGCUGUGGAAGCUGGAAGGACAGCAGGGCUUUGUUGAGCCGCUGACCUGAUAUAUGGGGAAACUUUCCCGCACAUCUGCUAAGCAGCCGCAAAAAGCCUCUGGCUUGCAAGGAGACCCUCCCUGGAGCCUAAAGGGGACAACCAACCUCUUUGGGCUCUGGGGAAGGUCUCCUUGGGAGGAGGUGCAGCAGGGCUUUGCUGAGGCUCUUCAGCCUUCUGGCUAACAGCUGACACAUGGGAAAGUGGCUACUGUUAGCUGGAAAGCCCCACUGCGCCUCCAACUCGGAAGGAGUCCUCUUUGGGCCCUAGGAAGGGUCGUCUCGUGAGCCAGAGGUUUGUUGAGGCUGCUCGGAUCAGCUGCUCUCCAGAUCUCAUUUUGUUGUGUGUGAGCUGUGCAAACCCCCAUGUGUCUCCAGCUCCUACAAGCCGGAGGCACAACGGGGAGCCUUGACCAGCUCAGCUGAGGUGCAGGGAAGCUUUCAACAAGUAUCUGGCUUGCGAGGAGGGAGCAAUCUCCAGGGUGAUCCCCAUUUCACUGAUGCACACAGGGGUUCAGAACAUAACCCCUGUGUAAGUGGCUAUCUCAAAACAGAGAUAAAAGGAAUACGCUUCCUUAGAUGAUGUAAAUACCUUAAAUUGAUAAUUUAGGUAAUAAUAAAAUUGAGGCAAUAAUAUAAAGUCUUACAACACUAUGUAGGUGGCUCACUUGCAAAUCACUGACAGACAAAUCCUGAAUUUGUAAGCUUUGGACAAAGGUCGGGCCUUACAUCCCAUUGACUUCAAUGGAAAAGAUUGAAGAGCAUGCAUGCUUAACUUUCCAUUGAAAUUACUAAGGCCGGAUUAUUUAAUUUAGCUGAACUAUAAAGAAAAACAGCAUUUGACAAAAAUUGCAAAGAAUAUAUUUGUACUGAUUAAAUGGGUUUUUGUACCAUCAGAACCUUCUGCCAAAUCUGUGAAUAUUGUGAACGCACACACCAUUCAUGUGAAAAUGUGUGAAGUCCGGGUCUUAAUUUUCUCUUUUUUAUAGGACCUCUUAAACCUGUUGGACUGCCUUUGCUGGGAGGAUUUGCAAGCAGAGCUGUUGAAUACUCCAUGAUCCCAUUUCAGUUGCCUCUUCAUGGAAGCUCCCAAGUCUAACAGCAAAACCCAUGAAUCGUCAAGAUGAGUCCAUCUGUCUUGUAGUCCCUGAUAAGCAUGCAAUACUGUGAAUGAUUGUAAAAACUGAGCAAGCCAUUGCUGUAAUAACUAAGCAAAACUGCUUUAAAGAGCUAGACACUACCUUUCUGGGGGCUGUUUGGGUUGCUGCCUGGGGUAAGAGCUUCUUCUGAUGGUCAGGCAUAGUCUUCACAGAAAGUGGCCUGGGGGACUGUGCCUAUUCGUAAGCUUCUUAUGACUGACUUCUGAACAUGCAUGCCAAAAUCUCUUUAAAAUGGUUAGCCAUUCGGUCGUGGUGCCCAGAAGUUGCAUGCUGGGCAAACUGGCUUCCUAAAAUUCCAACCCCCCCCCCCCCCAAUGCAGAGUAAAAUUGCAUCGCUGUGUUUUUAUGUGACAUUUUGUGUGUAUCUUAAGAUGUAUGCGUGGUGGUUUUUCCCCCAAAAGACCUUUGGAAGCAACCCUGCCGAAAAUAGCAGCUUCAGAAACCUCUCUCUGACGAAGUUGAGAUUGCUGUAAUGAGCCCUAUUUUUAUGUAUAUUUUUUCUUGGUGUUAAACUUAGCUUUUUUCUUUGUCUGCAGAGCUUCCUUAAAAUUGUCCCUUUGGCAGACAACUUGGUUGACAAGUUGUUUGGUUGGUAAGGGAUCUUUACUGGAUACUUGGACUUGCACUGUUACCUCACCUGAGACAGACUAGCGGGAAUGUAACUGUGGAAGCUAUGGACUUUAACUAGAUGUCAUGUGGAGGACUGGGGUUAGCAUUGUUGUGUCCUUAUUUACCUUAGGGUCGAAAGGGUUUCCCCCAAUCUCUGACCCAAUCCAGCUCAUUAAGCUGGACUCAGGUGAGCAUCAAAAUAGGUGCACACCUGCAUUGGCCUCGCUAGUAGACGCUUGCUUCUCUGCACAGAUUCCCCCAGUCCAGGACUACAUACUGAGUGCAGAGGGAACUGGGAGUGACUUGAAACGGUUUUGUUCUCGAUCAGGACUGAUGCUACCCCACGGUGAUGAAGUUUGUGUAGCUUGAAAUGUGUAGGGUCCCUAGAUAUUAUUCCAGUAAUAAAUCUACCUCUGCACCGAGCUGUCGAUUAUUUUCAUGUACUUUUGAUGGAUUUCAAAAGUCUCCAGGUUCAUAGCUUUGGGGGGGGGGGGAGUUCUGUAGAUUCAGUGGGGAAAAAAGAUAUACUUCCAUUGAGGCUAAACUAUUUCCCUCUCUCGCCCCUCCCCAGAGCUAGACCUGCCAGGCUUUCAUCAAGCAGAACAGACAAUCAUGUAUAGCUUGGUUCAUAUUGUAGUCUGCAGCUCUGCUCUUCCUUCCCAGUCUGAGGUAUCUGCAUGGAAGCACCAAGAAACAGUGUAGCAAGGAGUUUGUGCACAUGUAUAUUACUUGGAUGGUGUUUCUUUAGUACUUGAGCAUCGCAGUUUAUGGUUUAGUUUUGCUUGAUAAACUGAUUAUAAGUUCAGAUUUUGGGUGGGGGAGAGGGGAAGUUCAAUCCAACAUUGUAUAAUCGCAGUAGGCAUUUCUUUUUAAAAAAAUUAAUAAUAAUCAUGUGUUCAGCUACUCAUCUUGCAGAUUAUAUUUUAAAUAAAUGUAUAAAAAUGCCAGAACAUUUUAACAUUUUGUAAUGAUUCAACCUAAGUAGAAUUAGGAUUGUUAGAUUUGGCAAGAGUAACUAUAGGGUUAAUCCAUCACAGGCUGCUUUUUACAGUAUCUGUUUCCGCAGAGUUAUGUAAACCUUUGCACUAGAAGGUAUAGUUAUGCCAUCUAUAGUGAAAAGGGCACUUAUAUACCUUUUGAAAGUUGUCGGUCCCAUUGUGUCUUUGCCCUGGUAUUUCUGCUCAGACGGCCCAAAUUAUAAAUCUUCAAGUACAGUAAUGUUCACCAAUUACAUUAUUUCCCUCACCAGCCCAAUGGGGAGAAGGAAAUUCUUUUUCCCCAGCAGAGGUUGAUGGAGGGAUUCCAUGAGCAGAGUAUGCACAGAUCCCUGAAUGUGCAUGGCUGAUAGAUAUAGGGGACAUCAUUCCCCCAAAGCAGCCAUUUGAUACAGUAGAAUGGUCUGCACAGUGCACAUAGAAACCUGUCCACAAAUUAUCCUCUUCAGGACUAUGCCAUCUUUUUUAGAAGUCAGGUACUGCCUAAGAUAGAGGUUAAAUCUAGUUCAUAUUUACAGACCAGGAUGUGCACGCUUAUAUAUAGGCUCUAGAAGUAUGCAGAGUAAAUCAUUGGGUGGAAUGCAGUUACUUUACUCAGUGUAGUCCUAUGGAAAUGAAAGGAAGUGGCUAAGUUAGGUCUCUUAAUUUCACUGGAUCUUCUCAAGAGUAAAAUGAAGUUGAAUAACACCCUAUGCAUUUGGCCAUGCGAGAGCUUGAAGUGGCCUACAAGGAUGCAUUAAAAGCACAAAGCUCAAAUAUAGAGUAAUACAUAUGUUUGGAGAUUAGUAAUACAGCUUGCACUUAUGUAUUUUUGUAAAUAAGCUGAUUUGGCCAUAAAGGAUGCUUGCUUUCCAUGGGAUCUUUAGGUUUGGAUUGUCAUGAAUGUUAAUUAGAGCAGGAGAUUAUGCAUUUACAAACCAUGGCUUUCUGGGUCUUGGUGUUGGCAACUACGCUCUGAAUAUUAUUAUUAUUAGUAGUAGUAGUAGUAGGUACUACCUAUCCUUCACCCUAAGGUUUCAGGGUGGGUCACAACCAUUAAAACACAAUUCUUAAAAUAGUUUAAAACUCCUUGCAAUCACAGAAAUAAGAUGGAUCCUAAAAAUAUACAUAUUGGGUAUCAAAAGAGGUGUUUACAGCAUUUGCUAGAGCAGUAUGAUUUAGAUGUGUGGGGAUGGAGUUCCACAACUUAGGAGCUGCAAUAGAAGAUGCCCUCUCCCGGGCUGUCGCCACCCCCAAGCUUCUGAGGGUAGUGGAAUAACAAAAAAGGCCCCCUCUGCUGACCUUAACACCUGAGAGGGUCUGUAGAGAAGGAAAUGGUAUUUCAGGUAUUUGGGACCUGAGUAGUUUAGGGCUUUUAAACACCUUGCACCUUGGAUUGGGCCUAGAAACCAGUGCAACUGUUUUAAAACAGGAGUAAUACGAGAUCUGAACUGAACUGGUAGCAUUGCAUUUAGACCAAUUGAAGUUUCCAAGUUGUCUUCAGGGACAGCCCCACAUAUUGCAAUAAUCCAAUCUGGAAAUUACCAGAGCAUGGAGUACAGUGGCCAAGUCAUUUCCAACCCAACAGAACCUUAACUGGUGAACCAGCCAAAACUAGAAAAAAAACACCCCACACCUAGUCCUCAUAAAUCCCAAGCCUCCAGUGCCACCAUUCAAUUCAUGAGUACCUGGUACCCCAUCCAAGACUUUUGAAUGUAGGCCACCGUUUUUAAAAGUUGGAUUUUAAUGGUUGGAAUUAACUGAUGGUCCCCUUUGGCCUUUUUCUCAACGGCAGACAUGCACUCAUUCCUGUAAGACUUGUGCAGUUAUAUUAGACAUUUGGAUUCCACCAGCCCAGUUCCUAUACUGUUUGAUCUGAAUCUGUUCUGAACAUGUAGUUUUAGGUGUAGCAGCUAACGUAGGACUUAUAUGAGUUAAAAUCUCAGUGAUGUCACUGGCUUACUUAAGAGUAGUCUUGAUCAUAACCUGUCGCACCAGUGGUGUAUAGCUAGUGACCCAUCCUGGAGAUGCACAACACAAUAGCCUAUACUAUAGCUGUCCCCAAAUGCAACUCUUGACAUUUCUCCGUAAAAAAGAAACAGCCACUCAUUUAUAGGAGAAAAUAAUAUGUAGUGUAACUAUACCUUUCAACAUAUGUGCAACUUAACAUACUAAGUAAAAUAUAUCUUGCUGCUUAAUUGCACAGAAAAGCCAGGCUCUUUAUAAGAGAAUGUCAUGGCCUGGAAUCAUGGUGUUCAGUGGCUAAGGGCAUUCCUUCAUUCUUCUUUUUGAGCUAAAAUUAUGCAACUGGUAGUAAGUUCAUCUGAAAGGUGCUAAACCUGGGCACCUCAUCCAGUUACCUCACAAAAUAUUUCUGUAUUUUGUGUGGGUUUUAGUGAAACAUUGAAAAUGUUUGCUGGCAGAUGUACAGGUGCGUUUAAAAAUACUGUUGAGUAUAGCAUAUAGAGCCUGUAUAAACACAGCUUAGUUCCAGUUGAGUUUCAGUUACCCAUGUCUAUUGGAAAUAUAGUAAGUGUGCAGAGGUACCAAUGUCCUUCCCACAUACCCUUUGAAAUAUUUGCAGAAAUCACUUUCAAGCACUGCACUCUCAGAUCAUCAAUCCAUGCUACUUAGAUUAGCUGCAAAGACGUCUAAUAGUUGCCUGUUCCAUCUACCACUGCCACCAGAGAAUAAAGAUAUAGAAAGUAUAAUAAUUUGAAGUGUACAGGACAGGCUCUACAUUAAAAGCAAGCAAAUACCCUAAUGUAUAAUUGCAAAACAAAAAUGGGGUUGGAACCCAUUAACUCUAAGUGUAAGUAAUCCCUCAAAUCCUAUAUGAAAGGGUUCCCCAACCCUCAGAAGCUUUUAAUUUUUUGUGGGGGGAGAAGAGAAGUUCUGCAAAAGUCAUUCUGCUUGUGGCUCUCAGGAUCCAACCAAAUAUAUUCCAGAAUUGUCCUCAUCUCCCCGAUUACUGGGAGAGGGUUAUGCAAGAGCAUACAUACAUCUGUGCCUUACUACAAGCCAGAGAGCCAUGUGUUGUGCAAUUUGCAGACUUGAGAAAGUUGUAGCUUUUCCUAAACAGAGAUUCACACCCAUGACUGCACUAGACGUCUGCACUAGAAGGCAGAAUAGACAUGUAUUGCAGUUCCAAUACAUGCACCGAGAAGCCCAAACAACUUUACCAUUGUUAAGUUAUUUUAUAUACAUGUCUCUAGGUGUUCUGAGUAGUAGAAUAAGUCCGUAGCUUGUAGAGUAUUCCAGCGCUGGAAGCAGACAGUUUCUGCCUCUGCAAAGCCCAAGAGGUUUCAACGUUUUCCAUUUUUAGAAGCGUUAAUUAAAACUUUGCUCGAAACCACUACACCCUCGUGACGUUUUCCAGAUAGAGAAGUAGGACACUGCUAAUCACUUUGGAGACUCCUGUUCCUGAUUGGGAAAUCCAAUUUCAUAGUAGUUGUGAGAUGGGAUCUGUGUAUGCUCAAAUAGCUCAAUCCAAUAGGACAGGGCAGCACUUAGAAAGCCAAUGAAACCUGAUAUUCUGGACAGUGCAAUAAAAUUCAGGUUGCUGCAUCUACUUUAGAUGAUAGUUUCAAUUUUUAAUCUAAAUUUAAUUCCUGUCCUCCCUCUAACCAGUUUCUACAUAUGAAAAAAACAGAAAACUGGAACAUAUUUGACACAAGAUAAGCACCCAACCUGUGAAAAUAAUGAUGUGCCUUAAAUCUACCCAUGGAGUAGAAGCUAAGUUUCACAACAGCAUCUCUGGUCAGCUGUAUAGUUUUUAACCAAAAGCUCAAAGAUGAAGAGAACAAGGAGUUUGCAGCUCUUCUUGCACUAUUGUUUUGUACAUUGUGUGCAAUUGUUUUUUUCUGCUGAAUAAGCAUUUUUGAUCAUGAGAUGACAUGCUGGGGUUGUGGCUUCAUAGUAAACCAUGAAUAUUGUUAGUUGGCUGUGACUCUUUGCAUGUAAAUACGAAACAACUUCAGUAUAGGUCAUAAGAAUGAGAUACUGUCUUUUUUACAGUAUGCUGUAUUUCUUUCUAUUCUUUUGCCGCUAAUGAUAUAUUCUCUGGUUUUAUUUCGUGCACAGAUGUUAAUAUAUUUAUGUAACGUGAUGUGUAAAAGUUAUUCAUACAUUCAGUAGAUAGUUUACCUUGGUGCAAAGCUGUAUAAAAAUGCAAAGGGUUUUAAAAAUCUUACAGAUUAUAAUUAUUAAAAUGUAUGGUAUGCUUUCUAAAUCACAAUUUUCACCUAUUCUAUGAAAUGUAUGUCAUUUUUAAAAAAAAUAAUCUGAAGGGCCAUUGAUUGUAGAGAAAACAGACUCAGUCAUUUCCUAAGCCUUCAUUUUAUCAACAUUUUGCUAAGUGUUUGGUGAUGGGGGUGAAAACUUGUAGAAAUUACAUCAAACUAAGAUUAAAAUGGUUAUAAACUACAUUCUGGAUUUUCUGUCUUAAAAUGGUUACAUUGUCUAUAGUUUGUUUUAAAAAUAGAUUACUUGAUACUUCUAGCACACACACACAGAAGGCAGUCCUGGCACCAUGUUUUCAAAUAUGGAGCAUAUUAUAUCCUACAGCCAGUUUAAACAAUCAAUAUAAUAAAUCAACCAUUCAAUAUUCACUCUACAACCAAGAUUUCAAAGAAACCCACCUCAUUUCCAAAAUACUGCUAAUAAAAUACAGCAGCAUUUUAUGCCUUUACACAGCUUUAAGUAUUAUGAGCACUAACUUUUUUUCCACCGAAACGUGACAGUUAGUGGAUGAGAAUUCUAGCCCACAAGGUGUACCCAGGACUAAUGGAUCAGCCAUCUCUAUCACUACCACCACCACCAAUGGUUUCUUUUUAAUAACAACAGUAUGAGACACCAGAAGGCAGCCCUGUAUAAAGAAGCUUUUAAAGGUUUGAUGUCCUACUAUGUUUUUAUAUAUGCUGGAAGCCACCCAGAGUGGCUGGGGCAACCUAGUCAGAUGGGCAGGAUAAAUAUAAUAAUUAUAAUAAUAAUAGCAAGGUACAGUGGGCAACUUGAACUGACUUAUGUUUCAGAUACAUCUCAAAUAUAAAGGCCAUAAGUCUGAAAUUUUAAGGUUUCAGACUUCUAGAAUUUUAUGCCAGUCCGAUCUACCAAAAUUCUGCAUAAUAUGUUUAUAAUUCCGCUUUUACCACCACCUUUGAAGCCAAAAUAAUCUUACAGCCAUCAAACUGGUAAAGAUGAGCAACAUCCAGUAAAUGUCCUUUAUUUCAUCUUUUAAAAGAGUAACUUCAACAGUACAUUUAUACAUUUUGCAUGGUAAAAAAAACUGACCUAUAAUCCAUAAAUAGGUUAGCACCUGCACCUUAUGCAGGAAACAGAAUACAGCUUGCAUUUAAGCCAGAUAUGCAAUGUAACCUCAUUAGGUGGUACUAUUCGCAAAUCAUCCACAUUGUGCACUACUGUCAAAUCUUU